CUAGUGUGCACUACGCUCAAUAGUUUUAUCCGUCGAAACGGUUGCGUUCCGUUGUGGUAUAAAGUUCGUUUUCAGCGCGCGUGCGGUGCGGUUCUCUCUCCCAGUGGGCUCUUUCUUCGCGGUGGACAGUGUGUGUUAAGUGCCGACGGAGCAACUGCAUCAUAAAUCUUGGCGAAGCGAAGAUCAUUGCCUUAUUUGCUUAUGAGGGAUCGCCUCGCGUCUCGUCUCGUCUAAUUGCAGUGAAAGUUUUGCCAGGCUCAAUUUUACCCUGUGAAAAUUCCGAAAAACCAAAUGCGCGCAAAGCAAUCGAAAAGUGUUUUAAAGAAAAGCGUUAAAUAUUGUUAAAUACAACCAUAAAGAAGAGGAAAAAAUAUUUCAGUGUCUGCCCGCAGUGUGUGUGUGUGUGUGUAUCGCUGUGCUUUUGACGGCAAAUCGCUUUUGGCAGCUGCUUUGGCAGCAGCCAAGUAAGAAACAACAACGUUUGCUGGCAUCGUCGCUCUUCGGUUGGCAGCUGUUGGCAGUAUGAACUGAUUUUGGCCCAAACUGGAUGAAUAAAAUGCAAAAAUGAAAAUAUUUUUGCCACUAGUCACGUGGAUAGUGCUACUACUCUCGAGUACAGUACAUUCACAAUAUACACAACAACCGCAACCAUUCAAGACAAACUUGAGGGCGAAUAGUCGGUUUCGCGGCGAGGUGUUCUAUCUAAACCUCGAGGAUGGCUACUUUGGCUGCCAAGUCAACGAGUCCACCGACUAUUUGCAGCUUUACGAACUAUCGAAACUAUGCGACGGCACCCAGGACUGUUAUCUGGGUUCCGAUGAGUUGAGCAAAGAGCUCAAAUGCACAAAUGACUGUGAUAAGGAUGGCACCCAGUGCACACAUGGCGCGUGUUUGAACGGCGUCUGCCAUUGCAAUGACGGCUACGGUGGCUGCAAUUGCGUGGACAAAGAUGAGAACGAAUGCAAACAGCGUCCGUGCGAUGUGUUCGCCCAUUGCACAAACACACUGGGCAGCUUCACGUGUACCUGCUUUCCGGGCUAUCGCGGCAAUGGCUUCCAUUGUGAAGACGUUGACGAAUGCCAAGAUCCCGCGAUAGCAGCACGAUGCGUGGAGAAUGCCGAAUGCUGCAAUCUGCCGGCGCACUUCCUUUGCAAGUGCAAGGACGGCUAUGAGGGCGAUGGCGAAGUACUCUGCACGGAUGUCGAUGAGUGCAGCAAUCCGGAGAAUUGCGGGCCCAAUGCCUUGUGCACCAAUACGCCGGGCAACUAUACAUGCUCCUGCCCGGAGGGCUUUGUGGGCAGCAAUCCCUAUAGGGAGGGCUGCCAGGAUGUGGACGAGUGCUCGUAUCCCAAUGUCUGCGGACCCGGUGCCAUAUGUACGAAUCUCGAGGGCAGUCAUCGCUGCGACUGCCCGCCGGGAUACGAUGGAGAUGGACGCUCGGAGACCGGUUGCGUGGAUCAUGACGAGUGCGCCCGUUCGCCAUGCGGCCGGAAUGCAGACUGUUUGAACACGGAGGGCAGCUUUCGCUGUCUGUGUCCGGAGGGAUACAGCGGUGACCCCAUGCACGGCUGCGAGGAUGUCGAUGAAUGCGCCACUAACAAUCCAUGCGGUUUGGGUGCUGAAUGCGUGAACAUGGGCGGUAGCUUCCAAUGUCGCUGUCCCCUUGGCUUCGUGCUUGAGCACGAUCCGCAUGCGGAUCAAUUGCCCCAGCAACAGACACUGGGUUACGGGCCGGGGGCAACCGACAUUGUGCCCUACCGAAGGACCUCGGGCGCUGGGCUGGCCUGCCUGGACAUUGAUGAGUGCAAUCAGCCGGAUGGCGUGGCCAAGUGUGGCACUAACGCCAAGUGCAUUAACUUCCCCGGCUCGUAUCGAUGCUUGUGUCCAAGCGGAUUCCAAGGACAGGGCUAUUUGCACUGCGAGAACAUCAACGAGUGUCAGGAUAAUCCGUGUGGGGAGAACGCCAUCUGUACGGACACCGUCGGCAGCUUCGUGUGCUCCUGCAAGCCGGACUAUACCGGAGAUCCGUUCCGCGGUUGUGUGGAUAUUGACGAAUGCACGGCCUUGGAUAAGCCGUGUGGACAGCAUGCUGUGUGCGAAAAUGCCUCGCCAGGAUACAAUUGCAAGUGCCCGCAGGGAUACGAUGGGAAACCCGAUCCCAAGGUGGCCUGCGAGCAGGUGGAUGUCAACAUCCUCUGCACCAGCAACUUCGAUUGCACCAACAAUGCAGAGUGUAUCGAGAAUCAAUGCUUCUGUUUGGAUGGCUUUGAGCCCAUUGGAGCCAGCUGUGUGGACAUCGACGAGUGCCGCACCCAUGCGGACGUCUGUGGUCCCCAUUCACAGUGCCUGAACACACCCGGAUCCCAUACCUGUGAGUGUGAGGCCGGCUAUGUGGGCAGUCCCCCGAGGAUGCCCUGCAAGCAGCCCUGCGAAGAUGUCCGGUGUGGAGACCAUGCCUACUGCAAACCGGAUCAGAAUGAAGCCUACUGCGUGUGCGAGGAGGGAUGGACAUAUAAUCCCAGUGACGUGUCCGCUGGAUGCGUGGAUAUUGAUGAAUGCGAUGUGCUGCAUGGACCCUUUGGAAGCUGCGGCCAGAAUGCCACUUGCACCAACAACGCCGGAGGCUACACGUGUGUCUGUCCGCCUGGGUUUUCGGGCGAUCCUCAUACAAAGUGCGUGGAUGUGGAUGAGUGUAGGUCAGGUGCCAGCAAGUGCGGAGCUGGAGCUGAGUGCGUAAACAUGGUCGGCGGCGGUUACACUUGUCGCUGCCCAGGGAACACCAUUGCCGAUCCGGAUCCCAGUGUGAGGUGUGUUCCCAUUGUGAGCUGCUCAAACAACGAGGACUGUCCUGGCAAUGCCAUCUGUGAUGAAACCAAGCGUUGUCUGUGCCCGGAACCAAAUAUAGGUAAUGAUUGCCGUCAUCCUUGUGAAGCUCAAGACUGCGGAGCCCAUGCCCAGUGUAUGUUGGCCAAUGGACAGGCUCAGUGCCUGUGUGCUCCUGGAUAUACUGGCAACGCAGCUCUCCCUGGAGGCUGCAAUGACAUCGAUGAGUGCUCGAGGGCAAAUCCUUGUGCCGAGAAGGCCAUUUGCACCAACACCGCCGGCGGUUACCUGUGCCAGUGCCCUGGGGGCUCCAGUGGAGAUCCGUAUCGCGAUGGCUGCAUUACCUCGAAAACCGUGGGCUGCUCCGACGCAAAUCCCUGUGCCACGGGCGAAAGCUGCGUGCAAGAUUCCUACACCGGCAACAGUGUCUGCAUUUGCCGGCAGGGUUACGAACGGAACCCUGAGAACGGGCAGUGCCAGGAUAUAGAUGAGUGCUCAGCCCAGAGGGGCAAACCCGCCUGUGGUCUCAAUGCUCUCUGCAAGAAUUUACCCGGUAGCUACGAGUGCCGUUGUCCCCAAGGACACACGGGCAAUCCCUUCGUCAUGUGCGAGAUCUGCAACACCCCAGAGUGUCAAUGUCAACCGCCAUAUAAGCUCUUGGGCAACAGUUGCGUUCUGGCGGGCUGCUCCAAUGGCCAGGCUUGUCCCAGUGGAGCAGAAUGCAUCUCCAUAGCGGGCGGUGUUAGUUAUUGUGCCUGCCCCAAGGGCUAUCAGACCCAACCCGAUGGCAGCUGUGUCGACAUUAACGAGUGUGAGGAGCGUGGAGGGGCACAACUAUGCUCGUUUGCAGCUCAGUGCGUGAACACUCAAGGAGGCUAUAGUUGCCACUGCCCGGAGGGUUAUCUAGGUGAUGCCUACAAUGGACUUUGUGCCCCUGCUCAACGCAAGUGCGCUGCCGACAAGGAGUGCUCGAGCAACGAAAAGUGCAUUCAGCCGGGAGAGUGUGUGUGCCCGCCUCCUUACUUCCUGGAUCCUCAGGAUAACAACAAAUGCAAGAGCCCCUGUGAACGUUUCCCGUGCGGCAUCAAUGCCAAGUGCACGCCAUCGGAUCCACCUCAAUGUAUGUGCGAGGCCGGCUUCAAGGGAGAUCCACUCCUGGGUUGCACGGACGAGGACGAGUGUGCCCAUCUCCCAUGCGGCUAUGGCGCCUAUUGUGUGAACAAGAAGGGCGGUUACCAGUGCGUAUGCCCCAAAGGCUUCACCGGAGAUCCCUACAAGAGUGGUUGCAUCUUGGAGACUGGAACCCCGAAGAGCAAGUGCCUCAGCAACGAUGAUUGCGCCAGUAACCUGGCCUGCUUGGAGGGCAGCUGCGUUAGCCCCUGCAUCAGUCUCCUGUGCGGAUCCAAUGCCUAUUGUGAGACGGAGCAGCAUGCGGGUUGGUGUCGCUGUCGCGUGGGUUUUGUGAAGAACGGUGAUGGCGAUUGUGUAUCCCAGUGCCAGGACGUGAUCUGUGGCGAGGGAGCUCUCUGCAUUCCCACCAGCGAGGGACCGACCUGUAAGUGCCCGCAAGGACAGCUGGGCAAUCCCUUCCCCGGUGGUAGCUGCAGCACGGAUCAGUGCACGGCCUCCAGGCCUUGCGGUGAGCGACAGAUCUGCAUUAAUGGGCGGUGCAAGGAGCGCUGCGAGGGCGUGGUCUGUGGCAUCGGCGCCACCUGUGAUAGAAAUAAUGGAAAGUGUAUCUGCGAACCGAACUUUGUGGGAAAUCCCGAUCUGCUCUGUAUGCCGCCAAUAGUACAGGCCAUAUGCUCGCCCACUUGUGGUGAGAAUGCCCAUUGCGAGUACGGUCUGGGUCAGAGUCGAUGCGCCUGUAAUCCUGGGACCUUUGGAAAUCCCUACGAGGGAUGCGGGGCACAGAGCAAGAACGUUUGCCAGCCGAAUAGCUGUGGACCCCAGGCCGAAUGCCGAGCUGUGGGAGAUCGCAUCUCCUGUCUGUGCCCUCAAGGAUUCAGUGGUAAUCCCUAUAUUGGCUGUGAGGAUGUGGAUGAGUGCACCAAUAAGCCAUGUGGCCUGAAUGCGGCUUGCCUGAACACAGCUGGAGGAUUCGAGUGCCUUUGCCUGUCAGGUCAUGCCGGCAAUCCUUACAGCAGCUGUCAGCCCAUUGAGAGCCGGUUCUGUCAGGAUGCCAGCAAGUGUCAGUGCAAUGAGCGUGUGGAGUGUCCCGAUGGCUAUAGCUGCCAGAAGGGACAAUGCAAGAACCUCUGCUCCCAGGCCUCGUGUGGUCCCCGAGCCAUUUGCGAUGCUGGAAAGUGCAUCUGCCCCAUGGGUUACGUUGGAGAUCCCAAGGAUCUCAUAAAUGGUUGCAGCAUUCGGGGUCAGUGUGGCAACGAUGCCGACUGUCGGCACUCGGAGAUCUGCUUCCAGCUGGGCAAGGGACUGCGCAAGUGCGUUGACGCCUGCUCCAAGAUUCAGUGCGGACCCAAUGCUCUCUGCGUAGCUGAUGAUCAUCGUUCCUCCUGCAUCUGCUCCGAUGGCUACUUUGGCAACCCCAGCAACCUGCAAGUUGGCUGUCAGCCGGAGAGAAAGGUUCCUCUGGAAGAGGAGGAUAAAUGCAAGUCGGAUAAGGACUGUGGGCGAGGAUAUAGUUGCCAGAUGGCUGGUGGACAUGGUGCCCGAGAGUGCAUUAACCUGUGCUCCAACGUGGUCUGCGGACCCAAUGAGCUGUGCAAGAUCAACCCAGCUGGACACGCGAUUUGCAACUGUGCCGAGAGCUAUGUUUGGAACCCAGUUGCCUCCUCUUGCGAGAAACCUUCCCUGCCAGACUGCACCAGUGAUGCCAACUGUCCCGAUGCCUCCGCUUGUCGCCCGGAUGUCCUGGGCGUGCUCAAGUGCGUGGCCAUUUGCGAUGCCUUCACCUGUCCCGCCAACUCGGUGUGCGUGGCUCGCCAGCACCAGGGCCGUUGCGAUUGUCUGCCUAACUUUGUGGGUAAUCCCAACGAUAGGAAUGGAUGCCAACCGGCAGUGAAACAUCAAUGCAAAAACCAUGCCGAAUGCCAGGAAUCAGAGGCUUGCAUCAAGGAUGAGACUACUCAAACGCUUGGCUGUCGUCCGGCCUGUGAUACGGUCAAGUGCGGACCCCGUGCCGUUUGCAUAACCAACAACCAUCAGGCGCAGUGUCAGUGUCCCCCGGGACCAUUUGCCGGAGAUCCGUACGAUCCCUUCAAUGGCUGCCAGAGUGUCCCGUGUGUGUAUAAUCACGACUGCCCGCCCAGCCAGAUGUGUAACCGUAUGACCCACACCUGCUACGAUGUGUGCGACGAGGAGUCCUGUGGCGAGAAUGCCAUCUGCCUGGCUGAGGAUCAUCGCGCCGUUUGCCAGUGUCCGCCAGGAUUCAAGGGAGACCCGUUGCCAGAAGUGGCCUGCACAAAGCAAGGAGGAUGUGCUGCCGGAACCUGUCAUGCCUCGGCCAUUUGUGAAGUUACCCCAGAAGGACCCGUCUGCAAGUGUCCACCCCACUUUGGAGGCGAUCCAAAGACCCGCGGCUGUCGUCCCGAAGGUCAGUGUCCCAAUGGAGAUGCUGAUUGUCCUGCCAACACCAUUUGCGCUGGAGGAAGAUGCCAGAAUCCCUGUGAAAAUGCCUGCGGAGCCAAUGCCGAGUGUAAGGUGGUCAACCGAAAGCCUGUCUGCAGUUGUCCACUGCGAUUCCAACCGGUCUCUGAUACGGCCCGGGAUGGAUGUGCCCGUAGUCCCUCCAAGUGUCUCACAGACGUGGACUGCGGCGGACAGUUGUGCUAUAAUGGACAAUGCCGCAUUGCUUGCCGGAACUCGCAGGAUUGCUCCGAUGGAGAGAGCUGCCAGAGUAACGUUUGUGUGGUUGCCUGCCUAGAUCACAGUCAGUGCACUAGUGGCCUGGCCUGCGUGGAGGGUCACUGCACCAUUGGCUGCCGCAGCAACAAGGAGUGCAAGCAGGAUCAGUCGUGCAUUGAGAACAAGUGCCUGAAUCCCUGCCAGUCGGGCAGCAGCUGUGGGCCGAAUGCCCUUUGCAGCAUUGCCCAGCAUCGAAGCCAAUGCACUUGCCCGGAGGGCUUCGAGGGCAAUCCUACGCCGGAACAAGGAUGUGUGCGAGUGCCGGCUCCCUGCCUGGCCAGCAAUCAAUGCCCCAAUGGACACAUGUGCAUUGGCAAUCAAUGCAACCUUCCCUGCACCAAGACUUCGGCCUGUGCUAUUGGAGAACGUUGUUAUCAACAGGUUUGCCGGAAGGUCUGCUACACGAGCAACAACUGUUUGGCUGGUGAGAUUUGUAACUCAGACAGGACAUGCCAGCCAGGCUGUGAAUCGGAUGCGGAUUGUCCACCCACAGAGCUGUGCCUCACCGGAAAGUGCAAAUGUGCUACUGGCUUCAUAGGCACUCCCUUUGGCUGUUCGGACAUUGAUGAAUGUACGGAGAAACCCUGCCAUACCAGCGCUGUUUGUGAGAAUAUCCCUGGAUCCUAUCGUUGCGUUUGCCCCGAGGGAACUGUGGGUGAUGGCUAUGCCCAGCAACAGGGUUGCUCCAAAUCCGGACUCUGUCACAAAUCAGAUGAUUGCUCCAAUAACUUGGCCUGCAUCCAUGGCAAGUGCACGGAUCCCUGCCUACACACUAUUUGCGGAGCCAAUGCUCUGUGUCAGGCGGAAGGACACGAGGCAUUGUGCAGCUGUCCCGGAGGAUAUUUGGGUGAUCCCAACGAUACCGGGGUGGGUUGCUUUAAGGUUGAGUGCAUUGAUCAUGAGGAUUGUGCCGGAGAUCGCGCCUGCGAUGCGGAAACCAAUCGCUGCAUCAAGCCCUGUGAUCUGACCAGUUGCGGCAAGGGUAACUGCCAUGUGGAGGACCACAAGGCCGUGUGUGCCUGCUACGAGGGAUACCAGCUGGUCAACAACGGCCUAUGCGAGGACAUCAACGAGUGUCUAGCGAAGCCUUGCCACGCCACCGCCUUCUGCAACAAUUUACCAGGAAGCUACAACUGUCAGUGCCCUGAGGGUCUGAUUGGAGAUCCCUUGCAAGCCGGCUGCCGCGAUCCCAGCGAGUGUCUCAGCGAUGCGGAUUGUCCGGUUUCGGCCAAUUGCCAGAACUCCCGAUGCCGCAGUCCCUGUGAGCGUCAGAAUGCCUGCGGAUUGAAUGCAAACUGCCAGGCUCAGGCCCAUCAGGCGGUCUGCACCUGUCCCAGCAAUUCUCGCGGAGAUCCCACCGUGGAAUGUGUUCACAUUGAGUGCUCCGACAAUGACGAUUGCUCUGGGGAUAAGGCCUGCUUGGACUCGAAGUGCAUAGAUCCCUGCUCUCUGCCGAAUGCCUGUGGAGCUCAGGCCCGUUGCUCGGUUCAGAAUCACAUUGGAGUCUGCUCCUGUGAGUCGGGAAGUACCGGAGAUGCCAAGUUGGGAUGUGUCCCGCUGCAGUACUGCCAGCAGGACGAACAAUGUGCCCAGGGUAGCAUCUGUUCCCAUGGCAUAUGCAGCCCCCUGUGCAGCACCAACCGCGAUUGCAUCUCGGAACAGUUGUGCUUGCAGGGCGUCUGCCAAGGGACCUGCAAGUCAAACUCCACUUGUCCCCAGUUCCAGUUCUGUUCGAAUAACAUUUGCACCAAGGAGCUAGAGUGCCAGUCUGACGGGGAUUGUGGUGAGGAUCAGACCUGCUUGAAUGAUGCCUACGGGCGUGCCAGAUGUGAGUCCGUGUGCUUGGGUCGCGCCGCCUGCGGCAGGAAUGCAGAAUGUAUAGCCCGUUCCCAUGCUCCGGAUUGUAUUUGCAAGGAGGGAUUCUUUGGUGAUGCCCGUUCCGGAUGCCGAAAGAUCGAGUGCUCUACCGACGACGAUUGCUCCAAUGACAAGAGCUGUGACAACCACAUGUGCAAGAUUGCCUGCCUUAUUGGACAGCCAUGCGGUGAGAAUGCUCUGUGCACUACGGAGCACCAUCAGCAAGUGUGCCACUGUCAGCCCGGUUUCAGUGGCGAUCCACGCGUUCGUUGCGAUGUUAUUGACUUUUGCCGCGAUGCUCCGUGCGGACCCGGAGCCCGUUGCAGGAACGCGCGGGGGUCGUACAAAUGCACCUGUCCCACGGGACUCGUUGGUGAUCCGUACAACGAGGGCUGUCGCAGCUCCGUGGAGUGCGAGACCAACGAGGACUGUCCCCCGCAUGCUGCAUGCACCAAAGCAAACGGUGUGGCCAAGUGCCGCGAUGUCUGUGCCCAGCUGCAAUGUGGCCCCAAUGCGGAAUGUGUUCCGAAGGGUCAUGUGGCGCAGUGUGCAUGCCGCAGCGGCUACGACGGCCAACCCGCCGACCGGGUGGCCGGCUGUAAGCCGCUGCCCGUUCCCUGUCAGGUCACCGGCGACUGUCCGACCAACACAUACUGCUCGGAUAGCGUCUGCAAACCUGCUUGCGUGCUGGACACCGAAUGUGGACCGUCUGAGGUGUGUCAAGGUGGGCAAUGCUUCAAUCCCUGCCUGCAGCCGCAGACGUGUGGCCAGAAUGCCGAGUGCAUCAUCCAGAAUCACAUCAAGCAAUGUCACUGCCCCGAGGGCUUCACUGGCGAUUCUGCCAAAGAGUGUGUCCGAGUGCCGGUGGCCUGCGAUGGUGACUGUGCCCCUGGCUACACCUGUCGCGAUUCCAUGUGCCUGCCUGAAUGCCACAAUGAUCUUGAGUGUGCCUCUAAUGAGAAGUGCCUUAAGGGCAAUUGUAUGCUGACCUGCCGCGUGGACAACGAUUGCUUCCUGGGUCAUGUGUGCCUGCACAACAAGUGUGUCUAUGGCUGCCAUGUGGACGACGAUUGCAGUGCCUCCGAGUCCUGUCGCAAUGACAAGUGCGUGAAUCCCUGCCUGGAGAGCAGUCCCUGCGGCCCCAAUGCCGCCUGUGCUGUGUCCAACCACAGGGCCAGCUGCAGCUGCCUGGAUAGCAUGGUGCCCAAUCCCACGCCCCAGGUGGGCUGUGUGCGCUCUCCCCCGCUGGAGUGCCGCGAGAAUCGCGACUGUGGCAAUGGACUGGCCUGCUUUGAGUCGGUUUGCCGUCCCCUGUGCGCCGACGAUGCUGGCUGCUUGACCAACGAACGGUGCCAGCAGGGAGUGUGCAAGUCCCUCUGCCGGCACGACAACGAGUGUGGUCAUGGAGAGCUCUGCCUGGGCUUGAAUUGUGUUCCAGGCUGCCGCUCAGAUCAGGGAUGCCCUCAGAACCUGGCCUGCGUGGGUCAACAGUGCGCGAAUCCUUGCGAAGAUCCAACUGCCUGCGGCACUAAUGCCGCCUGCCAGGUGAUCGAUCAUCGCAAGCAGUGCUCAUGCCCGGAGGGUCUCGACGGCAAUGCCAAUGUGGCCUGCAAGGUGCCCCGCAUCGCUUGUGGCCGGAACGAGGAUUGCCAGUCCAACCAGCUCUGCUAUGCCGGCAGCUGCCAGGGCAAGUGCAGGAACGACCAAAACUGCCUGUCGGACGAGCGCUGCAUGCGAGGAACCUGCAGAACCGUUUGCAACACGGACGAGGCCUGCUCCCAAGGACAGAUCUGCGAGAAUCGCAUGUGCCAGACCGGAUGUCGGACGGACUUGAGCUGUGCCACCGACGAGGCAUGCGUGAACAAGAAAUGCCAGAACCCAUGUCGCACCCCGGGUCAAUGCGGACAGUGUGCCGAUUGCCUGGUGGUUAACCACGGCGUCCAGUGCCAGUGUCCUGCAUCCUUCAUUGGAGAUGGUCUUACUGGCUGUCAGCUGCCGCCGGAACGCUGCCAUCCCGGUUGCGAAUGCGACGAGAACGGCGCCUACUGUGCUGCCCAGUGCUCCCGGAACGAGGACUGCUCGUGUGGUCAGCAGUGUGCCAGAGGCAAGUGCCGGAAUAAGUGCGGACCCAAGCGUCAGUGCACGGUGGGUCAGCUUUGCGAGCGUGGAGCCUGUAUUGCCGGCUGCAAAUCCAACGGAGAUUGUGCCGCCGAUCAGAGCUGCGUCCGUGGAAAGUGCACGGAUCCUUGUGCGGAUGAUAAGGCCUGUGGGCGGAAUGCCCUGUGCACUGUCUCCGAGCAUCGGAUGCUCUGCUACUGUCCCGAUGGCUAUGAAGGCGAGCCCAGCAAGGAGUGCGUCCAGUUCGAGUGCCGCGUGGACAACGACUGCGAUAGCAACAAGCGCUGCGACCAAGGAAAGUGCCGUAAUCCCUGCCUCGAGUACGGAGCCUGCGGCUCGAAUGCCCAAUGCCGUGUGGUGGGUCGCAAGGCUCAGUGCUCUUGCCCGCCGGACUUCUUUGGCAACCCAAUUACGGGCUGCCAGCCGCUGGAGGGAGGCGGAUGUUCGACUAAACCUUGUGGGGAGAACUCCAAGUGCACUGAGGUGCCUGGCGGCUAUGAGUGUGCCUGCAUGGAUGGCUGCAUUGGGGAUGCCCACAAUGGAUGUAUUUGCGGAGGACCGCUGGUGAAUGCCUGCCAGGAUCAGCCUUGUGGCUUGAAUGCCGCCUGCCAAGUGCUGGAGAACAACCAGGCCGAGUGCUACUGUCCGGAGACCUUCCCCAACGGUGAUGCCUAUGUGCAAUGUUACUUGACCCCACCACAACAGGAUUGUCGCACCCUGGGCUGCGAUGUGGGUGACUGCGUUCGCCAGGGCUAUGAAUAUGUGUGCCAGAGGGACACCGAACAAUGCUACUCAGAUACGGAUUGUCCCAGUGAAAAGUCAUGCCUCCAAGGACACUGCAGCGAUCCUUGUACAAUGCGUGGCGCGUGUGGUGUGAAUGCGCUCUGCAAAACUGUACUGCAUCGGCCGCGCUGCUCCUGCCCCAGCUGCCACAUCGGUCGGCCGGAGGUCGAGUGUAAGCUCGAUCCCAAGUGCUCAUCCGAUGAUGCGGAUGCCAAGACCAAGGAGCAGAUCCCAUGCUCCAGCGAUUCCGAGUGCCCCGAGACGUUGCAGUGCGGCCAAUACGGUCAAUGCACAGAUCCGUGCAACAAUCCGCUCUUCAUUUGCGAGAGCAACAAGAAGUGCGAGACCCGGCGCCACCAACCGGUCUGCAUUUGCAAGUCGGGCUUUAUAGUGAACGAGUAUGGCGAGCUAACCUGUGCCCCAGAUAAGCGGGAGUGCUAUCGCGACGAUGACUGCGCCUCGAACAUGGCCUGCACGGAUGGCAAGUGUCGAAACCCGUGCAUCGUCCCCUUGGGCCGAGCACCGAUCUGUGCGGAAAACAAGUCCUGUGAGGUGCAAAACCACAAGCCCGUGUGCAUUUGCAUGCGGGACUGCCAGCCAUCGAUAUCCAUCUGUCUGCGAGACGCCGGCUGUCCAGCUGGCCUGGCCUGUCGCAAGCUCCAGUGCGUCGAUCCGUGCAAAUUUGCCACGUGCGCACCCAACUCGCCAUGCAUUGUCGAGGAUCACAAGCCGAUAUGUAAAUUCUGCCCAGCUGGAUUUAUAGCCGAUGCCAAAUAUGGAUGUCAAAAAGAAAUUGGUUGCGCAUCGAGCAACGAGUGCCCCUCACAGCAGGCGUGCAUUAAUGCCCUCUGCGUGGAUCCCUGCACCUACGACAAUCCCUGCGGCCGCAAUGAGGAUUGCCGUGUCCUGAACCAUCAGCCUUCGUGCUCGGGAACUGGUCGUACUCCUGGCUGUGAGCACUGUCCACCAGGGGCAAAUUGCGAUCCCACAACCGGUGCUUGUAUCAAGGCUAAUGUAACAAUAACAACUAUUACUACCAAGAACUCCACAUCUACCAAGAUACCAACGAAACCAAGAACAACAGCUAACCCAAACACAGGCGUCAAAAAGACCCCUACUACUGCAAGGGCCAACACCACCACAACAACCACCACUACUACCACUUCUUCCACUAGCACUGAAUCGAGCACAAUCACAAGCGCUACUAACCAGACCAGUAGGAACCACAGUAAGAAACCAGACACAGAAAGCACCACCUCCCAUACCGAUGCCACAAGACGGUACCGCGAUGGUGAAAACAAUAUUACCGAUACACCAACGCCGAGGCCCACGAUUCCAACAACCACGUUGCGUGGCGAAGAUAUAAGUAGUGGCAAUCAGGGUCGUACCACAUCCCAGCCCAAAAAGACCACUCGGCUGGAUACUUCCAACGAAGAUUUCACAACGGGCAGGCCCCUUGAACUGCCCACCACGGAGGGCACCACCACUGAGGUCUACGACACCAUGAUUGCCCCUCUAGGCAAUACAACAACUGAAAUCUCAUUAAUUAACCCAUGUACAGUAGAUACUAACUGUGCUCACAACGAGCACUGUAAACUGGGAAAUUGCCGUAAGAAAGAACCGCCGGGUUCACCGAAAACACCCGAACCCUGUCAAUCUAACAACGACUGCAUUGAGAGCGAGGCCUGUUACAUGGGCUUGUGCCAGGAUCCGUGCGAGUUUGCCAAGAUCUGUGCGGCGAGUGCCAAGUGUUCGGCCAAGAGUCAUCGUCCGAUUUGCACCUGCCCGCAGGGCCAUGAGGGCAAUCCGAUGGUCAAAUGUGUGCCCACUCAAACCUCAAUCGAAUGCACUGAUAAUUCCGACUGCGGCGUCACUGAGGCCUGCAUUAAUCAGCGCUGCCAGCAUCCUUGUGAUGUUCAUGAUCCUUGCGCCACGAAUGCGGUUUGCAUCAAUACCAAUCACGCCGCCGAAUGCAGCUGUGUGGAUGGUUAUCAGGGCAAUGGAUUGGUAGGCUGCCAGCCAGCACGCUCCCAUGUCUGCCAAUACAACGAGGACUGCCCGCCGACGAAGCUGUGCGAUCGCCUCAACCGGCGCUGCAUCAAUCCCUGCCAAGAGGAUUCGUGCGGCGAAAAUGCCGAGUGUAUUCCCGUGAAUCACGGCACUGAUUGCCGCUGCCUGCCUGGUUACCUGGGCAAUGCCUACGUGCAGUGCCUGCCCAGUCAGGGUUGCCGAUCGGACUCCGAGUGUGACUCAAGCCAGGCCUGCAUCAAUGGCAAGUGCUCCUCGCCCUGCCAGUGCGGAGCCUCGGCCCUCUGCGAUGUGGUCAAUCAUCGUGGUGUGUGCAAGUGUCCGCCGGGCUACAACGGAAACCCCGAGGUGGGCUGCCGACCGCCCCAAAACCCAUGCGAACCCAAUCCUUGUGGCUUGAAUGCCUUGUGUGAGCUGGACAAUGGAAAUCCCAUCUGCUACUGUCCCAAGGGUCUCACCGGAAAUCCUUUCAAAAAUUGCAUACCGGAAGGAGACGAGUGCACUCCAAACCCAUGUGGCCCCAAUUCGGGUUGCCGUCGCGUGGAGGGCAAGCCCAUUUGCUUCUGCCUGCCGGAGUAUGAGGGACAACCUCCUUCGAUUCCCUGUGAGCUGCCCUCGAAUCCCUGCGACCCAUCACCUUGCGGUCCCAACACUCAGUGCUCGGUGCUCAGCAAUGGCUUCUCCAAGUGCACCUGCCUGCCGGGAUAUGUGGAAAGCCCCAAUACAAUUCGUGGCUGUGUGGAGCCGAUUAACCCGUGCGAUCCCAACCCCUGUGGCACCGGGGCCAUCUGUGACUCCUCUCGCCAGCCCGUUUGCUAUUGUCCGGACAACAAGAUUGGAAAUCCUUUCAGGCUGUGUGACAAGCCGGCCGUUACCAUUGAACUGUGUCAGCCUGGACCCUGUGGCCGAAAUGCUGACUGCUAUGUGGCCGGUAAUCGCGAGGAAUGCUAUUGCCGCUCUGGUUAUGUGGGCGAUGCCUAUCAGGGCUGCCGUGAGCCCAGCCGAACCGUGUGCGAUCCUAAUCCCUGUGGGCCCAAUGCCAACUGUUUGGUGGCUAGCGAUGGGCAGACUGCCUGUGUCUGUCCCGACGGUUUGUCCGGUGAUCCAACAUCUCUGAUUGGCUGCCAUGGCUAUGAGUGUCAGGUGGAUGCAGAUUGUCCCAGCAGCAAAGCUUGCAUGGGCUUCCGAUGCUACGAUCCUUGUCCAGGAACCUGCGGCCAAGGAGCUAGCUGCCGCGUGGAGGAGCAUCAUCCCGUUUGCUCCUGCAAUUCGGGAUUAACUGGAAACCCGGGAGUCCGAUGCUAUGCUUUGGAUCAUCCCAAGACGAAUCCCUGUGUGCCCAGUCCCUGCGGCAGGAAUAGUGAGUGCAAGCUGCUGAACAAUCGCGCUGUUUGCUCCUGCCUGCCUGGAUAUUUGGGAGAUCCCCAGUCUGGCUGUCAGCCAGAGUGCGACAUCAACUCGGAUUGUGGGGAAACUUUGUCCUGCAUCAAUCACAAGUGCGUGGAUCCAUGCGCUGGAACUAUUUGCGGCAUUAAUGCAAUAUGCAACGUGCGCCAGCACACGCCAGUGUGCCUCUGCCUGGACGGAUUCGCUGGCGAUGCCUUCUUGCAGUGUGUGCCUGUUGGAGUCCUUAGAAAUGUUUCGCGGGAUCCUUGUGCCCCAUCUCCCUGUGGACCCCAUGAUGUUUGCUCGGUCCAUGGCGAUGGCGUGGCUCUGUGUAAUCCUUGCUUUGGACCCAAUGCCCAGCAAAACCCACGCUGCCGACCCGAGUGCGUGGCCAAUUCGGAUUGUCCCUUUGACCUGGCCUGCUUGGGCCACCGCUGCCUGGAUCCCUGCCCAGGUUCCUGUGGACGCAAUGCCAUCUGCAAUGUGUAUGAGCACAAUCCGGUGUGUGCUUGUCCCACGGGAUUGUUUGGAGAUCCCUACGAACAGUGCACCACUCAGUCUGUGAUUGUGCCAACGCCCCAGCCCAGCUGCGCCAAACUCCAUUGCGGUGCCAAUGCGGAAUGCAAGCGUCAGCACAGCGGACUGGCCUGCGUUUGCCGGAAGGGUUACUUCGGAGAUCCGCACAUUGGCUGCCGGCCGGAAUGUGUCCUUAACAGCGAUUGUCCGGCGGAGAAGGCUUGCCUGAAUGCCAAGUGCGUGGAGGCCUGUGCCGGAGUUUGUGGCAUCAAUGCGGUUUGCCGUGUGGUCAGCCAUGCGCCGGUGUGCAUCUGUCCGGAGGGAUACAGUGGCGAUGCCUCUAUUGCCUGCAAUCCUUACUACUUGCCACCUGUAACGCCUCCUGUGCGGCCUCUGCCCUGCGAACCCUCACCUUGUGGACCCAACUCGCGUUGCCUGGCCACGCCUGACGGCUAUGCCGCUUGUUCCUGCCUGCCCAACUUCAAGGGUGCUCCGCCUGUAUGCCAGCCGGAGUGUGUGGUCAGCUCGGAGUGUGCUCCGAACCAGGCCUGCCUAAAUCAGAGAUGCGCUGAUCCAUGCCCUGGAAUUUGCGGUGGUGGAGCCCGUUGUGAAGUUUUGAAUCACAAUCCGAUCUGUUCCUGCGAGCCCAACUUCGAGGGUGAUCCAUUCGUGGCCUGCUCGCCCAUCCAGGAUCCAGGACGCGAGGUCGACGUGCCAAAGAAUCCCUGCGUGCCAUCCCCCUGCGGACCCAACUCCAUUUGCCAGAUCAAACAGAACCGUCCCGUGUGCUCCUGCGUGGCCAACUACAUAGGCAGCCCGCCAUAUUGCCGGCCGGAGUGCACGCUGAGCAGUGAAUGUCCGGCGGACAAGGCCUGCAUCCAGGAGAAGUGCCAGAACCCGUGCGCCAAUGUCUGUGGACACAAUGCCCGCUGCACGGUCAUUGCCCACUCGGCUCACUGUAGCUGCGACCAGGGAUACGAGGGCGAUGCCUUCAUCAGCUGCUCCAAGACGAGUGUGGAGAAACCAGGUGAUGACUUUGGUCCCUGCUAUCCGAAUCCUUGCGCCGAGAAUGCUGUGUGUACGCCUUACAACAAUGCCGCUCGCUGUACCUGCAUCGAGCCAUACUUUGGGGAUCCCUACAGCACCGGCUGUCGUCCGGAGUGUAUCUACAACUCGGAGUGUCCCUCGUCGCUGGCCUGCAUUAAACAGCACUGCCGGAAUCCCUGCACGGCGGCUUGUGGAGCAAAUGCCGAGUGUGCGGUGGUUAAUCACUUGCCAAGUUGCAGCUGUUCCCGUGGCUUCGAGGGUGAUCCCUUCGAGGGUUGCAAGCGAGUUCCAAUUGUCGGACCCGUCAGCGUCUGCGAGCCGAAUCCCUGCGGACCCAACAGUAUUUGUCGCACGGUGGAGGGUCAUCCCACGUGCAGUUGCCAGGUGGGUUACUUUGGGGCCCCACCUCAGUGCCGUCCGGAGUGUGUGGUGAGCUCGGAGUGCGCCCAGCACCUGGCCUGCAUCAACCAGAAGUGUUCGGAUCCUUGUGCUGAGACCUGUGGCUUCAAUGCCAAGUGCCAGGUGAACAACCACAACCCGAUCUGCUCCUGUCCCACCAACUAUGUCGGCGAUCCAUUCGAACAAUGUGUGCCCAAACCGUCAGAACCCCCACGUAAUGUGGAUCCCUGCCUGCCCAGUCCUUGCGGACCAAAUGCCAACUGUCGCAAUGUUAACAACCGAGCCGAGUGCUCUUGUGCUGCUGGAAUGUUUGGAGCUCCGCCCAACUGCCGACCGGAGUGUGCAAUCAAUCAGGAUUGCCCUUCGAACCGGGCAUGCAUACGUCAGCGUUGCGAGGAUCCUUGCAUCGGCAUCUGUGGCUUUAAUGCUCAGUGCUCGACGCAGAACCAUCAGCCUACAUGUAGUUGCAUUGAUAGCUUCGAGGGCGAUCCGUAUACCGCCUGCCGCAUGCGAGAGAUCGUGGUACCAGACCCACCCUCCGACCCGUGCUAUCCAUCGCCAUGUGGGGCCAAUGCCAUUUGUCGCGUACGCAAUGGUGCCGGCUCCUGCAGCUGCAUUCAAAACUAUUUCGGUGAUCCAUAUAUCAACUGCCGGCCGGAGUGUGUCCAGAAUAGCGGCUGUCCUGGCACUAGGGCUUGUAUAAACAUGAAGUGCCGGGAUCCCUGUGCCAAUGCCUGCGGAUUUAAUGCAAUCUGUAGGGUGGCCCAUCAUCAGCCCGUGUGCAGUUGCGAGCCAGGCUUCACUGGCAAUCCCUUGCGGGCCUGUGUCGAGAGACCAUCAAAUAUGUAUCUGCCCCUGCCCCAUGAUCCAUGUAGACCCUCGCCUUGUGGCCUGUUCAGCACUUGUCAUGUGGCUGGCGACCGCCCCGUGUGCGCCUGCUUGCCAGACUACAUGGGUGCUCCGCCCAACUGCAAGCCCGAGUGUAUGACCAGUGCCGAGUGUCCCUCGGAUAGGGCCUGUAUCAAUCAACGCUGCAAAGAUCCGUGUCCCGGGACAUGUGGCUAUAAUGCCCGCUGUCGCUGUACCAAUCAUUCGCCCAUCUGUAGCUGCUACGACGGGUAUACAGGGGAUCCCUUCCAUCAGUGCGUGCCCGAAAGAAAACCAACGCCCAUACCCGAUCCCAUUGUACCGCCGAAUCCCUGUGUGCCAUCGCCUUGCGGGCCAAACUCUCAGUGUCAAGUGUCCAGUAGUGGAGCGGUCUGCUCCUGCUUGACCAAUUACAUAGGACGUCCGCCUGGCUGCCGGCCAGAGUGCAGCAUCAAUUCCGAGUGUCCGGCCAGGAUGGCGUGCGUGAAUGCGCGUUGCGCCGAUCCCUGCAUUGGUUCCUGUGGCAACAAUGCCCUUUGCCAUGUCAGCCUCCAUGCUCCGGUUUGCAUGUGCGAGCCCGGUUACUCCGGCGAUCCCUUCUCCGGUUGCUACAAGAUUAUUGAGACCCCCAUUGAAGUGAUCCAACCCUGUCGGCCCAGUCCUUGCGGCCUGAAUGCCUUGUGCGAGGAGCGGAAUCAAGCCGCCUCCUGCAAGUGUGUGCCGGAGUACUUUGGCGAUCCGUAUGUCGAGUGCCGACCCGAGUGUGUCAUCAACUCGGACUGUCCCCGGUCGAGGGCUUGCGUCAACCAGAAGUGCGUGGAUCCGUGUCCAGGAAUGUGCGGCCACAGUGCCCAAUGCGCGGUCUUUAAUCAUGCUCCAAAUUGCGAAUGCCUGCCUGGUUACACGGGUAACCCCAUCGUUGGUUGCCAUCUGGUGCCCGAAGCGCCACGCUAUCCCGACCCCAUAGUUCCUGAAAACCCUUGCCAACCCUCGCCGUGUGGCUUGUACAGCAACUGCCGUUCGGUGAACGGUCAUGCAGUGUGCUCCUGUGUUCCCAACUAUAUUGGUUCUCCGCCCAACUGCCGGCCCGAGUGCAUGAGCAGCUCGGAGUGCGCACAGGACAAGUCGUGUAUCAACGAACGCUGCAAGGAUCCCUGCCCCGGUACCUGUGGCAAUAAUGCCCUGUGCCGCGUGGUCAACCACAAUCCCAUCUGCUCCUGCAGUCCCGGCUACAGUGGUGAUCCCUUUGUGCGCUGCUUCCCGCAAGAGAAGCGACCCAUUGUCCACGAAAAUCCCUGCGUGCCAACGCCAUGCGGUCCAAACUCUCAGUGUCGGGUGUCGGCGGCCAAUGAGCAGGCGGUCUGCUCAUGCUUGCAACAUUAUGUGGGUAGGGCGCCAAACUGCCGGCCGGAAUGCACCUCGGACUCCGAGUGUCCUGGCAAUUUGGCCUGCAUAAAUCUGCGCUGCCGGGAUCCGUGUGUCGGUACCUGUGGCAGCCAAACCACCUGCCUUGUAAAUAAUCAUAGACCCAUUUGCCGCUGCCUCGAAGGUUAUGCCGGGGAUCCAUUCUCAGAGUGUAGUCCGAAGAUUAUUAUUCCGCCCGAGGUGGCACAACCCUGCAACCCGAGUCCUUGUGGAGCCAAUGCCGUAUGCAAGGAGCGCAAUGGCGUGGGCUCCUGCCUGUGCCUGCCGGAGUACAAUGGAGACCCGUACACCGAGUGCCGUCCGGAGUGCGUGCUGAAUAGUGACUGCUCAAAGAACCGCGCCUGCCUGAACAACAAGUGCCGCGAUCCCUGUCCAGGCGUCUGUGGCGUCUCCGCCGAGUGUCAUGUGAUUAACCAUGCCCCCAGCUGCAGUUGCCCCUCCGGAUACACGGGCAAUCCCUCGCAGUACUGUCGGGAGAUACCAAAAUUGGCCCCACCCGUGGAAGCCUGUCGUCCUUCGCCCUGCGGUCCCUAUAGCCAGUGCCGUGAGGUGAACGGGCAUGCGGUCUGCUCUUGCGUUACCAAUUAUAUUGGAACUCCGCCCGCCUGUCGGCCAGAGUGCUCGGGUAGUUCCGAGUGCUCCCAAGACAGGGCGUGUGUGAACCAGCGCUGUGUAGACCCCUGUCCCGGCACUUGUGGCAACGAGGCCAUAUGCAAGGUGACCAACCACAAUCCUAUAUGCUCGUGUCCCGCUGGAUACAGCGGCGAUCCUUUCGUACGCUGUGCCCCCUGGCAGGAGGAGCCUGAGCAACCCAAAUCAAAUGAGAAUCCCUGCGUUCCCAGUCCCUGCGGUCGUAAUUCCCAGUGUCGUGUUGUGGGCGAGACGGGUGUGUGUUCCUGCCUGCCGAAUUUUGUUGGCAGGGCUCCAAACUGUCGCCCGGAGUGCACCCUUAACACAGAGUGUCCGGCCACCUUGGCCUGUAUUAACGAGCGCUGUCAGGAUCCCUGUCCGGGAUCGUGUGGCUUUAAUGCCUACUGCAGUGUGGUGAAUCACUCUCCCGUCUGCUCCUGCGACAACGGUUUCACUGGUGAUCCCUUCGCCGGCUGCAAUCCGCAACGUCUGCCCGAACCCGACGAGCGCCUGACGCCCUGCCAACCCUCACCCUGUGGCCCCAAUGCCGAGUGCCGCGAGCGCAACGGUGCCGGCUCCUGUACGUGUCUGCCGGAGUAUUUCGGUGAUCCGUACAGCGGCUGUCGUCCGGAGUGCGUGGUUAACAGUGACUGUUCGCGGGACAAGUCGUGCGUCAACCAGAAAUGCGUGGACCCCUGUCCGGGUGUUUGUGGUUUGAACGCCGAGUGUCGCGUGUCCAAUCACCUGCCCAGCUGCUCUUGCCUGGCAGGCUACACUGGAAAUCCAUCGAGUGCUUGCCGUGAAAUACCUCAGUUGCCCCCGCCACCCGAACGGGAUGAACAUCCCUGUAGACCCUCGCCCUGCGGCCCCUACAGCCAGUGCCGUGAAGUAAACGGCCAUGCCGUGUGCUCCUGCCUCCAAGGCUUUGUUGGCUCAGCCCCAAGCUGCCGGCCCGAGUGCAUCAUUAGCUCGGACUGUGCCCAAGAUCUCAACUGUCAGAAUCAGAAGUGCGUGGACCCUUGUCCGGGCACUUGCGGUAUAGAGGCCCGCUGCCAGGUCAUUAACCAUUAUCCUGCAUGCUCCUGUGCCCCAGGCUUUACCGGAGAUCCCUUCAACCGAUGCACUAAGAUAUUGUUGGAGCCAACGCCCGCCGAAAAGUCCGGUAAUCCCUGCAUCCCCUCACCGUGCGGACCCAACUCGAAAUGCCUCGAUGUCCGCGGUUCACCUGCAUGCUCCUGUUUGCCGGACUACCUUGGCCGGCCACCCAACUGCCGGCCCGAGUGCCUCAGCAGUGCCGACUGCCCGGCGAAUCUGGCUUGUGUGAACCAGCGCUGCACGAAUCCAUGCAUCGGUGCCUGUGGCCUGCACUCCGUGUGCACGGUCAUUAAGCACCGGCCGACAUGCGAGUGUGUGCCUGGUUACACCGGAGACCCGUUCUCCGGCUGUGCGAUUGUACAGCAAAUCGCGCCCCCGGAGGAACCCAGAAAUCCCUGCAAUCCCAGUCCCUGCGGCGCCAAUGCCAUCUGUCGGGAGCGUAAUGGUGCUGGCUCCUGCGCCUGCCUGCCCGAGUACUUUGGAGAUCCGUACAGCGGCUGCCGGCCGGAAUGUGUCCAGAACGAUGACUGUGAUCGGUCGCGGGCCUGCAUCAACAACAAGUGUCAGGAUCCUUGUCCCGGAGCCUGCGGCAUUAAUGCCGAGUGCCGUGUCCUGAAUCACGGACCCAAUUGCAACUGUUUCGAUGGUUAUACCGGAGAUCCGCAUCGUGCCUGUUCCCUUAUCGAGGUGGUUACCCGCCGCCCGGACAACCCUUGCCAGCCAUCGCCCUGCGGCCCCUAUAGCCAGUGUCUGGACACCAACAGCCAUGCCGUGUGCAGCUGCCUGGAGGGUUACAUUGGAGCCCCGCCCAGCUGUAAGCCGGAGUGUGUGGUCAGCUCGGAGUGUCCCCAGAACAGGGCUUGCAUCAACCUGAAGUGCGAGGAUCCAUGCCGCGGCUCCUGCGGCAACAAUGCCAAGUGCCAGGUGGUGAACCACAAUCCUAUCUGUACCUGUCAGCCUGGAAUGACGGGAGAUCCCAUCUCUGGUUGCCUGCCCACCGAAGUGGGCAAGAACUCGGACAACCCCUGCGUGCCAUCGCCAUGCGGACCGAACUCCAUUUGCCGUGUUAUUGGCAAUCAGGCUGCUUGCUCCUGCGAGACCCGCUAUAUCGGUCGUCCGCCCAACUGCCGGCCGGAGUGUACCAACAACGACGAGUGCCAGAACCAUUUGUCCUGCCAGAACGAACGCUGCGUCGAUCCGUGUCCAGGAUCUUGUGGAAACAAUGCCAUCUGCCAGGUGGUCCAGCAUAAUGCCGUCUGCUCCUGUGCCGACGGUUAUGAGGGAGAGCCUCUCUUUGGCUGCCAACUCAUACGAACUGUGCCGUCCACAGAGCCGCCGACUUCACCCUGUGAACCCUCGCCCUGCGGCCCCCAUGCCGAGUGCCGGGAGAGGAAUGGAGCUGGAGCCUGCUACUGUCACGACGGAUACGACGGCAAUCCCUACGAUGUCCAGCGUGGAUGCCGGCGCGAGUGUGAGAUCAACGACGAAUGUUCGCCGGCACAGGCCUGUGUGCGUUUCAAGUGCGUCGAUCCCUGCGACAAUAUCUGCGGCGACUAUGCCAUUUGCACAGUGGACAAGCAUGUGCCCACUUGCAACUGUCCACCAGGAUACACAGGAGAUCCCUUCUAUAGCUGCAAACCCGUGCCAGUUACUCCAAGACCGCCGCUAAACCCAUGCAACCCCUCACCCUGCGGACCCAACAGCAACUGUCGGUCCAUGAACAACCAGGCAGUGUGCUCCUGCCAGAGAGGAUUUGUGAAUCAGCCGCCCAACUGCCGCCCGGAGUGCGUAGUCAGCGCCGAGUGUGCACCAGAACGAGCGUGUGUGAACAAGGAGUGCGUGGAUCCCUGCCUGCACACUUGCGGCAUUGGUGCCAUUUGCAACACCAAGAACCAUAGUCCCAUUUGCACCUGUCCGCGCGGCAUGACCGGAGAUCCGUUUGUUCAGUGCACCAGGGUGGCCAUUACUACCCCAGGAACCACACCAUCCCCGCCACCGGCCUCGUGUGUACCCUCACCCUGCGGACCUAAUGCCAAGUGCCAGAUUGUGGGAAACAGUCCGGCCUGCUCCUGCCUGCCCAACUACAUUGGAGCCCCGCCUCGUUGCCGACCGGAGUGCGUAUUGAACUCUGAAUGCGGACCUACGGAGGCGUGCAUCAAUCAGAAGUGCGGAGAUCCCUGCUCGGGAUCCUGUGGAUUCGAGGCCAAGUGCCAUGUGCUCAACCACCUGCCCAUCUGCAACUGCAUCGAGGGCUACGAGGGUGAUCCCUUCGUGCGCUGCACCAAGAAGCCAGAGGAGAGAGUCCCAGAUGUCAUAAACGACCCUUGCAAUCCUAGUCCUUGUGGCCAGAAUGCAGACUGUUUUGCGGGUGAGUGUCGCUGCCAGAAUAAUUACCAAGGAAAUCCCUACGAAGGCUGCCGCCCGGAAUGUACUCUGUCGGCGGAUUGUCCCCGGGACAAGGCCUGUACCCGCAAUCGGUGCGUGGAUCCCUGCCCUGGAGUCUGCGGCAACAAUGCCUUGUGCGAGGUCAUGAACCACAUCCCUGUGUGCUCCUGCCUCCAGGGCUACGAGGGUGAUCCCUUCACCAACUGCCGCGUGAAGCCCAUUGUCGAGGAUCCCAUUGUUGAGGCCUGCUCCCCAUCGCCAUGUGGUGCCAAUAGCCAGUGCCGCGAUGUCAACAGACAUGCAGUUUGCUCCUGCCUGGAGGGCUACAUCGGUGCCCCGCCCCAAUGUCGUCCCGAGUGUGUGGUGUCCAGCGAGUGCUCCGCUUUGCAGGCUUGCGUUAACAAAAAGUGCGUGGAUCCCUGCGCCGCUGCCUGUGGGCGCGAGGCCCGCUGUGAGGUCAUCAAUCAUAGUCCCAUUUGUGGCUGCCCACCUGGCCGAACUGGUGAUCCCUUCAAGCAGUGCUUGGAGAUAGUCAUGCUGCCUGAUGUAAAGAAUGCUGAACCCACAGAUCCAUGCGUGCCGUCGCCCUGUGGACCCAACGCCAUCUGCAAGCCGGAUAGGAAUGGACCAGUUUGCCAGUGCCAGCCCGAGUUCUUUGGCUCGCCACCUAACUGCCGACCCGAGUGCAUCAUUAAUCCGGACUGCCUGUCCACUCAGGCCUGCAUCAACAACAGAUGCAGCAAUCCCUGCCCUGAUUCGUGUGGCACAAACGCCGAGUGCCGCGUCAUUGGACACACGGUAUCCUGCUCCUGUCCCCCAGGCUUUGCGGGCAAUGCCUUUGUCCAGUGCGUGCAGCAGCAGGAGGAGCCAGUGAAACCCUGCCAGCCAUCGCCGUGCGGAGCGAAUGCCGAGUGCAUUGAACGGAACGGAGCCGCUGCCUGUAAGUGUAUCGAUGAAUACCAGGGCAAUCCCUACGAGGGCUGCCGCCCAGAGUGCGUGCUCAGCUCGGAUUGUCCCACGGACAAGGCCUGCAUCCGCAACAAGUGCCAGGAUCCUUGUCCCGGAAUCUGUGGCCUCAACGCCCAGUGCUAUGCUGUGAACCAUGUACCCAACUGUGUCUGCAACGAUGGAUUCACCGGGGAUCCAUUCGGAAGCUGUCGCCGUGUGGAGGUCAGCACUCCGCCACCCGUGGCCGAUCCCUGCGUUCCUUCGCCAUGCGGUGCCAAUAGUAAAUGCCGCCUGGCCAAUGGAUUGGCUGUAUGCUCCUGCCUGGAGACCUUUGUGGGUGCUCCGCCAAACUGCAAGCCGGAGUGCACGGUGAACGCCGAAUGUCCCUCGACGAAGGCUUGCCACAAGUUCCGCUGCGCCAAUCCAUGCGCCAAGACGUGCGGUUUGAAUGCCAAGUGCGAGGUGAUCAACCACAACCCAAUCUGCAGCUGUCCCUUGGACAUGACGGGCGAUCCAUUUGCCCGUUGUUAUCCGGCACCACCACCGCCGCCGCCAAGACCCAAGGAGGAGCCGGUGAGGCCCUGCCAGCCCUCGCCUUGUGGCCUCUACUCAGAGUGUCGCGUGCGAGAUGAGCAGGCCUCCUGCUCCUGUCUGCCCAACUAUAUUGGAGCGCCGCCCAACUGCCGACCCGAGUGCAUCGUGAACACGGACUGUGCCUCGGACAGAGCGUGCAUUGCCGAGAAGUGUCGCGAUCCUUGCGACGGCUCCUGCGGAGUAAACUCGGAGUGUCGCAUUCAGAACCAUCUGGCUAUUUGCACUUGCCGUGGAGGAUUCACCGGCGAUCCGUUUGUCCAGUGCGUCGAGGUGAUUGAGGCUGUAACGAAGCCUCCACCCCUUCAGAGCGAGGAUCCUUGCGACCUGCAGCCCUGCGGAUCGAAUGCCGAGUGCAGGAAUGGCAUCUGUAGCUGCCUGCCGGAGUACAGAGGAGAUCCCUACACUGGCUGUCGUCCCGAGUGCACUCUGAGCACGGAUUGUCCUCCAACCAAGGCCUGUCUGAAUAAGAAGUGUGUGGAUCCCUGUCCGGGAGUGUGUGGCCAGAACUCGCAGUGCGAUGUCUCCAAUCACAUCCCAAUUUGCAGCUGCCUGCAGGGUUACACGGGUGAUCCGUUUGUCCACUGUCGCCAGGAGACGCCUGUGCCGAAGGAUCCCUGCCAACCCAAUCCUUGCGGACCCAAUAGCGUAUGCCAAAUAUCUGGACAAGGACCCGUGUGUGCCUGCCAAGCGGGCAUGCUGGGCUCACCGCCGGCCUGCAAGCCAGAGUGCAUCGUCAGCUCCGAGUGCUCUCUGCAAACGGCCUGUGUGAAGAGAAAGUGCGUGGAUCCCUGCCCGGGAGCAUGUGGCCAGUUUGCCCGCUGCCAGGUUAUCAAUCACAAUCCUUCCUGCUCGUGCAAUUCGGGCUACACUGGUGAUCCGUUCACGAGAUGCUACCAAGAGGAACGCAAACCAAUACCACCGACGCCGGAGAACCCCUGCCAACCCUCACCUUGCGGUCCAAAUUCCGAUUGCAAGGUGUUGAAUGGUAAUGCCGCCUGCUCGUGUGCAGCCACCUUUAUUGGAACGCCACCCAGCUGCCGACCAGAGUGCUCCAUCAAUCCGGAAUGUCCGCCGACCAAGGCAUGCAUACGCCAGAAAUGCUCGGAUCCGUGCGUGAAUGCCUGUGGAUUCAAUGCCCGUUGCAAUGUGGCCAAUCAUCAACCCAUCUGCACCUGCGAUGUGGGCUAUACUGGAGAUCCGUUCACCGGCUGUCAGAAGGAGCAAGAGCGCAUUGUCAAUGAACAGGUGACCCCCUGCGAACCCAAUCCCUGCGGCUCGAAUGCUGUUUGCCGUGAAAGGAAUGGCAUUGGUUCCUGCCAGUGUCUGCCCGAUCAUUUUGGUGAUCCAUAUCAGUCAUGUCGUCCGGAAUGCGUUCGGAACUCGGACUGUUCCUCGAACAAGGCGUGCCAGCAGCAAAAGUGCCGGGAUCCCUGUCCAGGCACCUGUGGCACCAAUGCCGACUGCAGUGUCACAAACCACUUGCCCACCUGUACCUGCCGCAUCGGAUAUACGGGCAAUCCGUAUAGUUACUGCCAUGUGGAACCGGCACAACCGAUUCGUUUGGCCGAACCUACUCUGCCCUGUCGCCCCUCGCCGUGCGGUCCCAACUCUCAGUGUCGCGAACUCAACGGUCAAGCUGUGUGCUCCUGCCUAGAACUCCACAUUGGCCUGCCCCCCAACUGCCGACCAGAGUGUGUGUUAAGUACCGAGUGUCCCACCGACAAGGCUUGCAUCAGCCAGCGUUGCCAGGAUCCCUGUCCCGGCACAUGUGGCCUCAAUGCCGAGUGCCGUGUUCGCAAUCACAGUCCUCUAUGUCAGUGUCGUCAGGGAUUCACCGGUGACUCCUUUACCCGAUGCUAUGCCCUGCCACCCCCACCUGCCGUAAUCGAACGUGUUGAGCGCGAUCCCUGCCUGCCAUCGCCCUGUGGCCUAAACAGUCAGUGCCGUAAUGUACAGGGUGUGCCUUCCUGUUCCUGCCUGCCCGAAUUCCUAGGUGCCCCGCCCAACUGUAGACCCGAGUGCACCAUCAGUGCUGAGUGUGCCUCCAAUCUUGCCUGUAUACGGGAGAAGUGCAUAGAUCCCUGUCCCGGAUCCUGUGGCUAUGCCGCCAACUGUAAUGUGGUCAACCACACGCCCAUCUGUGUAUGCCCAGCUGGCUUUACGGGUGAUCCGUUUAGCAGCUGUCGUCCUGCCCCGCCCGAACCUGUGCAAAGCGAAUAUGUGGAUCCCUGCAACCCAUCACCUUGUGGAGCCAAUGCCCAGUGCAACAGUGGAGUGUGCACUUGUCUGGCCGAGUUCCAUGGAGAUCCGUAUUCCGGCUGCCGGCCGGAAUGCGUCUUGAAUUCGGAUUGUUCCAGGGACAAGGCCUGCCUGCGCAGCAAGUGCUUGAACCCCUGUCCGGGCACUUGUGGCGAGAAUGCCAUCUGCGAUGUCAUCAAUCAUGUGCCUAUGUGCAGAUGCCCCGAUGGCACUGCCGGCAGUGCCUUCAUCCGCUGCUCCCCCGUGCAGAUUUCAGUUGUAACCAAUCCUUGCCGUCCAUCGCCUUGUGGCCCUAACUCUCAGUGCCGCGAGGUUAAUCAGCAGGCAGUUUGUUCGUGCCUUCCCAGCUUCAUUGGAGCUCCGCCUUCAUGCCGUCCAGAGUGCACCUCGAAUUCGGAGUGUGCCCCUCAGCAAGCUUGUCUGAAUCAACGGUGUGGAGAUCCUUGUCCUGGCACUUGUGGUGUUGGAGCUAAUUGUGCUGUGGUCAGCCACAGUCCCUUCUGCACAUGUCCUGAUCGUUUUACGGGCAAUCCCUUCAUUCGCUGCCAGCCUCAGAUUGAGCCCAUUCGCGAUGUUGUGCCCACUGAUCCGUGUCGCCCAUCUCCCUGUGGACCCUAUUCCCAAUGCCGACCUGUGGGAGAAGCCCCCGCUUGUUCCUGCCUGGAAACCUACAUAGGACGCCCGCCCAAUUGCCGGCCUGAGUGUGUGACCAGCUCGGACUGUGUCAGCCAGAUGGCCUGCGUCAAUCAAAAGUGCGUGGACCCAUGCCCAGGACGCUGUGGCCUCAAUGCCGAGUGCCGUGUGGUCAGCCAUGCGGUGCAGUGCAUCUGCCUGCAGGGCUUUACCGGAGAUCCGUUCGUACAGUGUAAUCCGGAGAUUGUGAGAGACAUAGAGAUCCGAACCCCUUGCAACCCAAGUCCUUGUGGAACGAAUGCCGUCUGCCGCGAUAGAAAUGGCGUUGGAUCCUGCCAGUGCCUACCGGAAUACUUUGGAGAUCCGUAUCAGGGCUGCCGCCCGGAGUGUAUGCUGGACUCGGACUGUCCAUCGAACAGGGCCUGCCAGCAGCUGAGGUGUCAGGAUCCGUGUCCUGGUACCUGUGGUCUCAAUGCCAACUGUCAAGUAGUCAACCAUCUGCCCACAUGCAAUUGCCUGGCUGGUUAUGUGGGUGACCCAUACCGCCUAUGCACUCGUCAGCCGGAACCCCCCCAAAACGAGUACGUUAAUCCCUGCCAGCCCACGCCUUGCGGUCCCAACUCCCAGUGUCGCGUGUCCAAUGAGCAAUCGGUUUGCUCCUGCCUGCCCCAGUUUGUGGGAACUCCACCCGCCUGCCGGCCAGAGUGCACCAUCUCCUCGGAGUGCUCCGCGGAUAAGGCCUGCGUUAACCAGAAGUGCGUAGAUCCUUGCACGGCGAACACCUGUGGCAGUAAUGCCGUGUGUAGGGUGCGCAAUCACAGUCCCAUUUGCAGUUGCCUCAGCGGGUUUACAGGCGACGCCUUUACGCGUUGCUUUACCAUUCCACCCCCGCCUAUCGAGACCAAAGAUGAACCCCUGCGAGAUCCUUGUGUGCCCACGCCCUGUGGUCCCAAUUCCGAGUGCCGAAACAUCAAUGGAGUGCCUGCUUGCUCCUGCUUGGCCACCUUCAUUGGCCAGGCUCCCAACUGUCGCCCCGAGUGUACUAUCAACUCGGAAUGUCCCAGUCAGCUGGCUUGCAUCAAUCAGAAGUGUCGCGAUCCCUGUCCCGGAGCCUGCGGACUCAACGCCCUUUGCAGUGUCAUCAAUCAUACGCCUCUCUGCUCGUGCAUCGAUGGUUAUAUCGGCAAUCCGUUCACCAAUUGUAAUCCUAAGCCUCCAGAACCCACCGCGCCACCAGUUGCAGAUGAUCCCUGCAAUCCUUCACCUUGCGGCUCAAAUGCCCUUUGUCGAAAUGGUCAAUGCUCUUGCAUAGCAGAGUACCAGGGUGAUCCCUAUGUCUCGUGUCGUCCUGAGUGCGUGUUGAACAUGGAUUGUCCUAGGGAUAGGGCUUGCGUGAGGAACAAGUGCAUCGAUCCUUGUCCUGGAACAUGCGGCGUGAAUGCCCUUUGCGAGGUCCCCAACCACAUUCCCAUCUGCCGCUGUCCCGAGCAAAUGUCCGGGAAUGCCUUCUUCGAGUGCCGACCGGUGGCUCCCGCUAAAAUCCAGAAUCCCUGCCAGCCCUCACCAUGUGGUCCGAAUAGUCAGUGCCGUGUGGUGCAGCAGACCGCGGUCUGCUCCUGCUUGAACGACUAUGUGGGCAGUCCGCCGCAAUGCCGUCCCGAGUGUGUCAGCAAUUCCGAUUGUCCUGCCGAUCAGGCUUGCCACAAUAUGAAAUGCCGUGACCCCUGUCCUGGUACUUGUGGCUUCAAUGCCCUCUGUAAUGUGGUCAAUCACAGUCCCUUCUGCCGAUGCCCAGCAGGCAUGUCUGGAAAUCCUUUCGUUAGCUGUCAGCCUUUGAUACAACGCGAGGAGAGACCACAGAAUCCCUGCCAGCCUUCUCCAUGUGGACCCAAUUCCGAGUGUCGGGUUUCGGGAGAGUCACCUUCCUGCUCAUGCCUUGCCGAGUUCAUAGGUGCCCCGCCCAACUGCCGACCCGAGUGCAUAUCCAACAGCGAGUGUCCCACGAACCGAGCCUGCAUCAAUCAGAAGUGCGCCGAUCCAUGCCCGGGUCUGUGUGGAGCCAAUGCCAAUUGUCGGGUCUUUAGUCACACGGCCAUGUGCUUGUGCGACAGCGGCUUCACCGGAGAUCCGUUUAGUCAGUGCAGCCCCGUCAGGGAUGCCCCUAUUGAGAUUAUCCAGCCUUGCAAUCCCAGUCCUUGCGGCGUCAAUGCCAAAUGCGAGGAACGUGGCGAUGCCGGGUCAUGCCAAUGUCUGCCCGACUACUUUGGAAAUCCCUACGAUGGCUGCCGUCCCGAGUGCGUGCUGAACUCUGACUGCCCCUCGAAUUUAGCCUGUGUGAACCAGAAAUGUAAGGAUCCCUGUCCCGGAACCUGCGGGCAGAGCGCCGAGUGCCAGGUGGUGAAUCACUUGGCCACCUGUAAUUGUCUGCCUGGCUUUACCGGCGAUCCGUACAGCCUAUGUCGCAUUAUAGUCAACGAACCACCACAACGUGAAUAUGUUAAUCCUUGUCAGCCGUCGCCAUGCGGUCCCAACUCCCAAUGCCGGGAGGUUAACGACCAGGGGGUAUGCUCCUGCCUGCCAGAGUUCAUUGGCAACCCACCUGCCUGUCGACCGGAGUGCACCAGCAGCUCGGAGUGCGCAGCCGACAAGGCCUGUGUGAACCGCAAGUGCAUAGAUCCUUGUCCGAAUGUCUGCGGCCAACAGGCCGAGUGUCGAGUGCGCAACCACAAUCCGAUUUGUACCUGCCUCAGUGGCUUCACUGGAGAUCCCUUCACCCGCUGCUACCGUCAGCCGCGUAAGAAACCUAGCAGAGUCCAAAAUAAAACAGAUUAUGGUUACCAAGACAACUCAAUUCCAGCUCCUCCGCCAGUGACUAUUGAACGCGAACCCCUUGAUCCUUGUGUUCCCUCGCCUUGUGGACCAAACUCACAGUGUCGCGAGAUUCAUGGCACACCAUCUUGCUCUUGCCUGGCCCAGUUCUUGGGCACUCCGCCCAAUUGUCGUCCCGAGUGUUCCAUUAAUGCCGAGUGCCCCAGCCAUCAGGCCUGCAUAAAUCAAAAGUGUCGCGAUCCCUGUCCUGGGUCCUGUGGCCUGAACACGCAGUGCAAUGUGGUUAACCACUCGCCCAUCUGUAGUUGCUGGGUGGGUUACAUCGGCGAUCCAUUUAGCGUUUGUAAUCCCGAGCCGCCGCAGAGAAUCCAAGAGCCCGUGCCACCGGAGGAUCCUUGCAAUCCCUCGCCCUGUGGCUCUAAUGCAAGAUGCAACAACGGAGUUUGCUCUUGCCUGCCCGAGUAUCACGGAGAUCCUUAUACUGGCUGCCGGCCGGAGUGUGUUCUCCACACGGACUGUGACCGCAGUCGCGCCUGUGUGCGGAACAAGUGUGUUGAUCCUUGCCCCGGAAUCUGUGCCAGUAAUGCCAUAUGCGAGGUCCUUAACCACAUACCCAACUGCCGCUGUCCAGAGAGGAUGCAAGGCAAUGCCUUUAUCCAGUGUAGUCCAGUGCCACAAUUCGACGUGCCAAAGAAUCCCUGCCAACCCUCGCCCUGUGGACCCAAUUCCCAGUGUCGCGUGGCCAACCAGCAGGCCAUCUGCUCCUGCAUCUCGCCAUUUAUUGGAAGCCCACCCUUCUGCCGUCCGGAAUGCACCACCAACUCCGAGUGCCCCUUGAAUAUGGCCUGUCUUAACCAGAAGUGCAGUGAUCCUUGUCCGGGCGUCUGCGGACGCAAUGCCCAGUGCCAUGUGACGAACCACAGUCCCUUCUGUCGUUGCCUGGAGCGCUACACGGGUAAUCCUUUUGUCAGCUGCCAACCCAUCAUUGAGCCUCCUGUGCCACCGCCCAGGCAAACCUGCCUGCCCUCACCCUGCGGUCCAUAUUCCCAAUGCCGAGAAGUGAAUGACUUACCCUCGUGUACCUGUUUGGCGGAAUAUAUUGGAGCUCCGCCGAAUUGCCGACCGGAAUGUGUUACCAGCUCGGAAUGUCCCACAAACCAGGCUUGCAUUCAGCAAAAGUGUCGCGAUCCCUGCCCAGGACUCUGUGGACAGGCAGCAAUAUGCCGCGUGAUAUCGCAUACGCCGAGCUGCGUGUGUCCCGAGGGCAUGGAGGGUGAUCCCUUCACCAUAUGCACCGAGCGGAGGAUUCAACAGCUUGACCAAUUGGACCCCUGCAAUCCAAGUCCCUGUGGCGUAAAUGCCCGAUGCACGUCUCGCCAGGAUGCUGGCUCCUGCCAAUGCCUGCCCGAGUACUUUGGCAAUCCCUACGAAGGCUGUCGCCCAGAGUGUGUCAUCAAUUCGGAUUGUCCCUCUAACAGGGCAUGUCAACAGCAAAAGUGCCAGGACCCGUGUCCGGGAACUUGCGGCCAGAAUGCCCUCUGCAAUGUACUUAACCAUGUGCCCAGUUGUAGCUGCAUCAUUGGUUUCUCCGGAGAUCCCUAUCGCUUGUGUCUUCCAGAACAACAACCCAUCAAGGAGUACGUCAACCCCUGUCAGCCUUCGCCUUGUGGUCCGAACUCCCAGUGUCGCGAGGUCAACGAGCAAGCUAUUUGCUCUUGCCUCCCAGAAUAUGUGGGUGCUCCACCCGCCUGUCGACCCGAAUGCACAAUAUCUUCGGAGUGCGCCAUAGACAAGGCUUGUGUGGGCCAGAAGUGUGUGGAUCCUUGUCCCAACACUUGUGGGGAUCAGGCUGUCUGUCGGGUGGUUAACCACAGUCCCAUUUGCUCGUGUCGUGCCGGUUAUACCGGUGAUCCCUUCUUCCGCUGCUUCCCUAAACCUCCGGAACCCGUGGCACCAGUGCAAAAGACCCCGGUUGAUCCUUGUGUUCCAUCUCCUUGUGGGCCCUACUCCCAGUGCCGUGCUCAAGGAGAUGCUCCUGCUUGUUCCUGUCUGGUUGGCUAUUUAGGAGCUCCUCCCAACUGCCGUCCCGAGUGCCGCAUCAAUGCCGAGUGUCCCAGCAGCCAGGCUUGCAUCAAUGAGAAGUGCAGAGAUCCCUGUCCCGGCUCCUGUGGCUAUGGCGCCAUUUGUAAUGUGGUCAAUCACACGCCCAGCUGCACUUGUCCGGCAGGAUACUCGGGUGAUCCGUUCAGUCAGUGUCAACCUGUGCCACCGCCUCCACCAACACCCGUUAACCUCGACGAUCCCUGCAAUCCCUCGCCCUGCGGACCGAAUGCCCAGUGCAGCAAUGGGGUUUGCACCUGCAUUCCCGAGUACCAUGGGGAUCCUUACAGCGGCUGCCGGCCCGAGUGCAUCACCAGCUUAGAUUGUCCGCGGGAACUGGCCUGUUCGCGGAACAAGUGCUUCGAUCCUUGCCCUGGAACCUGUGCUCCCAAUGCCAUUUGCCAGGUCCUCAACCAUGUACCCAUGUGCACUUGUCCAGAUGGUUAUGCGGGCAAUGCAUUCAUUCAGUGCCAACCCAUACCACCACCCGCCAUUGUCCAGCCCUGUCAACCCUCUCCGUGCGGGCCAAACUCACAGUGUCGCGAGGUUAACCAGCAGGCAGUGUGCUCCUGCGUCUCAGGAUACUUUGGAACCCCGCCACUCUGUCGUCCAGAGUGCACAUCGAAUGCAGAGUGCCUGUCCCGACUGGCCUGCGUGAACCAAAAGUGUGUGGAUCCUUGUCCCGGCUCCUGUGGUCGAAAUGCACAGUGCAGCGUGGUUAAUCACAAUCCCUUCUGUACCUGUCUACCCCGCUACACGGGCAAUCCUUUCCUGGGUUGUCAGCAAAUUAUUGAACCGCCACAGCAGGAUAUUGUGCCUCUGGAUCCGUGUCGUCCCUCGCCGUGCGGACCCAAUGCCGAGUGUCGCGUUGCUGGCGAGACAGCCACUUGUUCGUGUCUUGCGGAUUUCGUGGGCUCACCGCCUUACUGCAAGCCCGAGUGUGUGGCUAAUUCGGAGUGUCCAUCGAACUUGGCCUGCAUCAAUCAAAAGUGCCGCGAUCCCUGCCCUGGACUGUGCGGAGUCAGUGCCAUUUGCCGUGUGGUCUCCCACACAGCCAUGUGCAUUUGCGAUGCCGGACUCACGGGUGAUCCCUUCACCCAGUGCCAGCCCAUCGUGGCCGAUGUGGAGAUCAUCAAUCCAUGUCAUCCCUCGCCGUGUGGCGCCAACGCCGAGUGCAUCCAGAGGAAUGGAGCUGGUUCCUGCCAGUGCUUGACUGAUUUCUUUGGAAACCCCUACGAAGGCUGCCGCCCGGAGUGUGUCUUGAACUCGGACUGCCCCUCAAACCGAGCCUGCCAGCAACAGAAGUGCCGCGAUCCCUGCCCCGGAAGCUGUGGCCAGAAUGCCGAGUGCCAUGUGAUAAACCACACGCCCAUGUGCAACUGCUUCGCUGGAUAUAUCGGUGAUCCGUACCGCUACUGCAGCCAGCCGCCAGAACCUAUUGUCCAUGAGUAUGUGAACCCCUGUCAGCCGUCUCCCUGCGGCCCCAACUCCAAGUGUCGCGAGAUCAACGAGCAGGCCGUCUGCUCCUGUCGUCCCGAGUUCGAGGGAGCCCCACCCAACUGUCGCCCGCAGUGUACCUCGAGCUCUGACUGCGCCCCCACCAAGGCGUGCAUCAACUACAAGUGUGUUGAUCCCUGUCCUGGUGUGUGUGGCCAGCAGGCUGUGUGCGAGGUGCGCAAUCAUAGUCCCCUUUGUAGGUGUCCCUCGGGCAUGACGGGUGAUCCCUUCGUGCGCUGUUUGUCCCGUCCAACGAUUCCCCCACCGCCACCUUUAAGAGACGUUUCUCCCUACCGCGAUCCCUGCCUUCCCUCGCCUUGUGGCCUGUAUUCCUCUUGCAGGAAUCAGCAAGAUCAGGCUGUGUGCUCCUGCUUGCCCAAUUACUUUGGCACUCCGCCGCACUGUCGACCAGAGUGUACCCUUAAUGCGGAGUGUCCAAGUCACCUGGCUUGUAUCGGAGAACGCUGCCGGGAUCCCUGUCCUGGGGCCUGUGGUCAGCAGACCGAGUGCCGAGUGAUCAGUCAUGUUCCUAAUUGCGUCUGCCUGCGGGGCUAUGUGGGCGAUGCCUUUCUAGCUUGCCACCCAGCGCCACCUCCACCAAUAGUCCGUGACGAGUCUCCCGAUCCCUGCCAUCCCAGCCCCUGCGGCAGCAAUGCCGUUUGCUUGAACCAAGGAGAAUGCAAGUGUCUGGCCGAGUAUCAGGGAGAUCCCUAUGUGGCCUGCCGGCCAGAGUGUGUCCUUAGCUCGGAGUGCCCCCGGCAUCUGGCCUGCAUACAUCAGAAGUGCACUGAUCCCUGUCCCGGUACCUGUGGCACCAAUGCCAUCUGUGAGGUGGUCAACCACAUUUCCAUGUGCCGGUGCCCUGAACAAAUGACGGGCAAUGCCUUUGUCCAGUGUUCCCCAGUCCAAUUGGAUGUGUACCGUAAUCCAUGUAAUCCUUCGCCCUGUGGCUCAUAUGCCGAGUGUCGUGAGCAGAAUGGCCAGGCGGUGUGCAGCUGCUUGCCCAACUACUAUGGGGUGCCGCCCUCCUGUCGACCCGAGUGUAGCACCAACUACGAUUGUGCCCCCAGCUUGGCUUGCCAGAACCAGCGAUGCGUCGAUCCCUGUCCCGGAGUCUGUGGGGCCUACGCCGAGUGCCGUACCGUAAGCCACAGCCCGUAUUGCAGCUGCAGGCCCGGCUAUACCGGCAAUGCCUUCGUCCAGUGUCAUAGGACUAUUGAACCCCAACGGGAUGUAGUGCCCCAAGAUCCCUGUCAGCCCUCGCCCUGUGGACUAAACAGCGAGUGCCGCCGUGUGGGAGACACACCCUCCUGCUCGUGCCUGGCCAACUUCUUUGGCACGCCGCCCAACUGCCGGCCAGAGUGCGUCUCCAAUGCAGAGUGCAGCCUAGUUCAGGUGUGCGUCAAUAAUCGUUGCCAGGAUCCUUGCCCGGGUCUUUGCGGAAUUGAUGCAGUCUGUCGGGUCAUCAGUCACAGUGCCAUGUGCUACUGCCAGCCGGGUUACAGUGGCGAUCCAUUUGUACGCUGUGCACCCAUUCAAAGGGACCCGGUAGAGGUAGUGCAGCCUUGUAACCCGAAUCCCUGCGGCUCAUUUGCUGAGUGCCGGCAGCAAAACGGCAUUGGGUCAUGUCAGUGUCUGCCGGAGUACUUUGGCAAUCCCUAUGAGGGCUGUCGUCCCGAGUGUGUGAUUGACUACGAUUGCCCCUCUCAUUUGGCUUGCGUGAACCAGAAGUGCCGGGAUCCCUGUCCCGGAAGCUGCGGCCAAAAUGCAGAGUGUUUUGUAAGGAAUCACCUGCCCACCUGUAACUGCCUGAUUGGCUAUGUUGGAGAUCCCUAUCGCUAUUGCAGCAUUGAAGCCAAACCUGUCCGGGAGUAUGUAAACCCUUGUCAACCCUCUCCUUGCGGUCCGAACUCUCAGUGUCGCGAACAAAAUGGAGUGGCCACCUGCUCCUGCUUGCCGGAGUAUUUGGGCACUCCACCGGGCUGUCGACCCGAGUGUACAGUCUCCUCGGAGUGUGCCCUGGACAAGGCCUGUGUCCGACACAAAUGCAUUGAUCCUUGUCCCGGCAUGUGUGGCACUUUUGCCAACUGUCAGGUCCGGAACCAUGCUCCACUUUGCUCUUGUCAAGCUGGUUACACCGGAGACCCCUUCACCCGCUGUUAUCCAAUACCUCCUCCACCCACCCAUGUCCUGUACGACAUUGUACGCGAUCCCUGCCAGCCAUCCCCCUGCGGGGCUAAUGCCCAGUGCAGGGAGUCCCAGGGUCAGGCCAUCUGCUCCUGCUUGCCCAACUACUUUGGCCUGCCGCCCAAUUGCCGACCCGAGUGCACCCAGAGCUCAGAGUGCCUGUCCAGUCUAGCGUGCAUCAAUCAAAAGUGCAGGGAUCCCUGUCCAGGCUCUUGUGCCUACAAUGCUCUAUGCCGAGUGCACAACCACGUGCCCAAUUGUAUUUGUCCAGCGGAAUAUGUGGGUGAUCCCUUCUCCAGUUGCUACCCUAAACCACAAACGCCACCCAAGCCCAUUGCCCUUGACGAUCCCUGCAACCCGUCCCCCUGCGGAGCCAAUGCCCUGUGCCAAAAUGGCCAAUGUACGUGUCUAGCCGAUUACCAAGGAGAUCCUUAUACCGGCUGUCGCCCGGAGUGCGUCUUAAAUGCGGAUUGCCCAAGGAAUCGAGCCUGUGUUCGUCACAAGUGCGUGGAUCCCUGCCCGGGGACCUGUGCUCCAAAUGCCAUAUGCGAUGUGAUUAACCACCUGGCCAUGUGCCGCUGUCCGGACCGAAUGGUGGGCAAUGCCUUUAUCCAGUGCGAGGCACCUUCGCCUGUAUAUUCUGAGCCAGUUGAUCCCUGCUACCCAUCGCCCUGCGGUCCCAAUAGCCGCUGUCGUGUCUCCAACAACAACGCUGUGUGCUCCUGCAUUGAGAAUUACAUUGGAACGCCACCGAAUUGCAGACCGGAAUGUACUCAGAACUCGGAUUGUCUGCCCAGACUGGCCUGCCAGCGGCAGCACUGCAUCGAUCCCUGUCCGGGAACAUGUGGCUUCAAUGCCCUUUGCCAUGUGGUGAACCAUGCACCGAUCUGCAGUUGUCCGCCAAGAUACAAUGGAAAUCCCUUCCUGGGUUGCUUCGCAGAGCCAGUGCGACGUGAUGAAAUUGCUCCCAAGCAGCAUCCUUGCCAGCCUUCGCCUUGUGGUCCCUACGCCAACUGCCAGGCUAUUGGCGAUCAGGCUCAGUGCAGCUGCCAGCCGAAAUAUAUUGGAACACCGCCCAACUGCCGACCCGAGUGCGUGACAAAUUCGGAAUGUCCCUUCGACAAGGCCUGCUUGAACCAACGAUGCACUGAUCCUUGUCCGGGCACCUGUGGCUCCAAUGCCAAUUGUCAUGUCAUCAGCCAUACGGCCAUGUGCUACUGCUUGCCAGGCUACACUGGUAAUCCGUUUACUUCCUGCCGCCAAAUCCCAGUGAUUCAGCAGGAGGAGAUUAUUCAGCCCUGCUCGCCAAGUCCUUGUGGCGCUAAUGCCAUAUGUCGCCAAGAAGGCCAUGUUGGUUCAUGCCAAUGCCUGCACGAGUACUAUGGAAAUCCCUACGAGUCCUGUCGACCCGAGUGCGUGACGAAUAACGACUGUCCGGCGGAUAGGUCCUGCCAGCAGAUGAAGUGUCGAGAUCCUUGUCCUGGCGUGUGUGCCCUCAAUGCUUUGUGCCGGGUGAUUAACCACUUGCCCACUUGCCAUUGUUUAAGUGGUUUCAUAGGUGACCCCUACCGUUAUUGCCAAGUGCCAGAAAAACCUGUCCUUAAAGAAUACGUUAAUCCCUGCCAGCCCUCACCUUGCGGUCCCAACUCGCAGUGUCGCGAAAAUAACGAUCAGGCUAUAUGCUCCUGCCUGCCCGAGUAUGUGGGUGGUCCGCCCAACUGUCGACCCGAGUGUGUGAUCAGUUCCGAGUGUCCCCACGACAAGGCCUGCAUUAGGCAAAAGUGUAGUGAUCCCUGUCCAGGAGUAUGCGGCUCCAAUGCCGAUUGUCGCGUCUUCCAGCAUGCUCCCAUUUGCAGUUGUCGCCCAGGUUUCACGGGUGAUGCCUUUACGCGCUGCUUGCCCCUGCCACCCACCCCACUGCCUCAGUUGGACGUCUAUCGCAAUCCCUGUGUGCCCUCGCCUUGUGGCCAAUAUGCCGAGUGCCGGGAUAACCAGGGAACUGCCACUUGCAGUUGCCUGCCCUCCUACUUUGGCACUCCGCCCAACUGUCGACCCGAGUGCACCAUCAAUCCUGACUGCCCUGCUCAUCUGUCGUGCCAGCAGCAGCAUUGUCGCGAUCCAUGCCCCGGAGCCUGCGGUUUCAGUGCACUCUGUACGGUGGUGAACCAUAAUCCGACGUGUCAGUGCUUACCUGGAUUGAUUGGCAACCCCUUCACAUCCUGCUAUGCUCCACCGCCACCUGCUAGGGAUACCCCACCUCAAAUCAGUGAUCCCUGUUCUCUGAUCACUUGUGGCCCGAAUGCCGUUUGCCAGCAGGGCCAGUGCAGCUGCCUGCCCGAGUUCAUGGGUAAUCCCUUGGUGGGUUGUCGCCCGGAAUGUGUGCUGAGCACGGAGUGCGACUGGAACAAGGCUUGUGUAAGGAACAAGUGUGUGGAUCCCUGCCCCGGAACCUGCGGCUCGAAUGCCAUCUGUGAGGUUCACAGACACGUGGCCAUGUGUCACUGUCCACCGGGAAUGACUGGCAAUGCCUUUAGUCAGUGCCGACCUCUGCCACCACCACCUGUUAGGGAUGUCAUUAAUCCCUGCCAGCCUUCGCCCUGCGGACCCAAUGCCCAAUGCCGUAACAUCAACGGACAGGCAGUUUGCUCAUGUCUUCCCGAUUUCAUAGGAGUUCCACCUUCCUGUCGUCCGGAGUGCGUCAGCAAUGCGGAAUGCCCCCUUCACUUGGCUUGCCUGCAGCAACAUUGUCGCGAUCCUUGUCCGGGCGUUUGUGGCCUGAACGCCAACUGCCGGGUGAUAAAUCACAGCCCCAUCUGUCACUGCAUUUCAUCGUAUACGGGAAAUCCCUUCGUGGCCUGUCACCGAGAGCUUCAACCGCCCGUUAGACAGGACCCCAUUGAUCCUUGCCGACCGUCGCCAUGUGGAGCUAAUGCCGAAUGUAGGGACCAGGGAGGAAAUGCCCAGUGCAGUUGCCUUGCCAGCUUCAUUGGAACCCCGCCCAACUGCCGACCCGAGUGCGUAUCCAACUCCGACUGCCCCACGAAUCUGGCCUGCCUUAAUCAGAAGUGCCGCGAUCCCUGCCCCGGAGUCUGUGGUCCCAAUGCCGAGUGCUAUGUGAUAAAUCACACGCCCAUGUGCACAUGUAUUGGCGGUCAUCGGGGUAAUCCCUUCAUAGGCUGUCAAGUGGAGCGCGAUGUACCAGAACCACUCAAUCCCUGCGUGCCCAGUCCUUGUGGAGCCAACGCUCUCUGCACGGAAAGGAAUGGAUCCGGAGCAUGUCAAUGCCUGCCGGAGUUCUAUGGCAAUCCCUAUGAGGGAUGUCGUCCCGAGUGCGUGCUCAACUCGGACUGUCCCAGCCACCUGGCCUGUCUUAAUCAGCAUUGUCGCGAUCCCUGUCCCGGAACCUGUGGUCCCAAUGCCCAGUGUCAAGUGAGGGAUCACCUGCCGCGAUGCAAUUGUCUGGUAGGCUACCAGGGCAAUCCCUACGCAUACUGUGAUCUCCAGCGUGAACGUAAGAUUAUUGAAUAUGAUAUUAAACUGAAAACUCACCUUGAAUUUCCCUCGAUAGCCCUGCCCGAACCUAUACCCUCCCGUCCUUGUCAGCCCUCGCCUUGUGGACCGAAUUCCCAGUGUAGGGAAUCGAACGGUCAGGCUUUCUGUACCUGUCUGCCCGACUUUGUUGGAUCUCCUCCUAGUUGUAGGCCCGAGUGUACCAUCUCGAGCGAGUGCGACUUGAGCUUGGCCUGUGUGCAACACCACUGUGUGGAUCCCUGUCCCGGAGCCUGCGGCAGCAAUGCCCAAUGUCGGGCUAUUAACCAUAGUCCGCAUUGCAGUUGCCUACCAGGUUUCCAGGGUGAUGCCAUCAGUGGUUGCCAGCGCAUACGUAAGAUUAUGAUUUAUUUGGACUCCUCCAGCUGUACUCCUAACCCCAAACCCUUUGCAGCGCCCCAGAUUAGUUACGAUCCACCCAAGGAAACCUAUCGCGAUCCCUGCGUUCCCUCUCCCUGCGGCACCUUUGGCCAGUGUCGCUCGCAAGGCAACCAGGCAGUGUGUUCCUGCCUGUCUGGGUACUUUGGAGCUCCGCCCAAUUGCCAGCCGGAGUGUGUGAUUAACCCGGACUGUGCUCCGCACUUGGCGUGCAUCAGUGAAAAGUGUCGCGAUCCUUGUCCAGGUUCCUGUGGACUCCAAGCCUUGUGCAAUGUCAUCAACCACACCCCCAUCUGCAGUUGUCCGGCGGGCUAUGAGGGAAAUCCCUUCAUUAGCUGCCGGCCAACGCCACCACCGCCAACUCCAGUGCUUCGCGAUGCUUGCAAUCCCUCGCCUUGCGGUUCCAAUGCCGUGUGCAGUUCCGGUGGCCAGUGCUCAUGUCUGCCCGACUUCGAGGGUAAUCCCUACGUGGGCUGUCGGCCGGAGUGUGUUCUCAACACGGACUGUGCCAGGGACAAGGCCUGUCAGCGCAGCAAGUGCAAGGAUCCCUGUCCCGGAGCCUGUGGUGUAGGAGCAGUGUGCGAAGUGAGGAAUCACAUUCCCACCUGUAAUUGUCCGCCAGGAACCUCGGGCAACGCCUUCGUCCAGUGUACCAUUGUGCAAUCUGCUCCUGUGGAACCCCAGAAUCCCUGUCAACCCUCACCCUGUGGAAACAAUGCCCAAUGUCGCGUGGCCAAUGGACAGGCCAUUUGCUCUUGCUUGCCAGGCUACUUCGGUGUUCCACCCAAGUGCCGACCCGAGUGCACCAUCAACUCGGACUGUGCCCCGCACUUGGCCUGCUUGAAUCAACAGUGUCGCGAUCCCUGUCCCGGAGCUUGUGGGCAAUUUGCCCAAUGCCAGGUUAUUCGACACGUGCCGCACUGUAGCUGCCCCGCGGGAUACUCGGGCAAUGCCUUCUUCCUGUGCCAGCGAGUGCCACCGCCUCCACCGAUCCAAAGGGAACCAUUAAAUCCUUGUUCGCCAUCGCCCUGCGGAUCUAACGCGGAGUGUACCAGCCAAGGUGACCAGGCCGUGUGCAAGUGCCUCAAGGAGUACAUUGGAACACCGCCCAACUGCCGUCCGGAAUGCAUUACUUCCUCCGAGUGUCCCAGUCAGUUGGCUUGCAUAGCCCAAAAGUGCCGAGAUCCCUGCCCAGGACUGUGUGGCAACGCUGCGAGUUGCCAGGUCAUCAGCCACGUGCCCUCGUGCAUCUGCAUCGCUGACUACAUUGGCGAUCCCUACACCGGUUGCUAUCCCCGGCCACAGAUCCAAAGGGAGCAAAUUAAUCCUUGCUCGCAGAACCCCUGCGGCAGCAAUGCCGUGUGCCGGGAACGAGGAGGAGCCGGUGCUUGCCAGUGCCUGCCAGAGUUCUACGGCAAUCCCUACGAGGGAUGUCGACCCGAGUGUGUACUCAGCUCGGACUGCUCGAGCCACUUGGCCUGCUUGAAUCAACAUUGUCGCGAUCCCUGUCCCGGAACCUGUGCCCCCAAUGCCCAGUGUCAGGUGGUUAACCACGUGCCCAGCUGUAGCUGCUAUCCCGGAUAUAGCGGCGAUCCCUAUCGGCACUGCCAUGUGGUCCAGGCAGAACCUGUACAUGUUGUCCACUUUGACCCUUGCCAGCCCUCACCCUGUGGUCCCAACUCUCAGUGCACCGAGUCCCUGGGCCAGGCAGUAUGUCGCUGCCUGCCCGAAUACUUUGGUUCCCCUCCAGCCUGCAGACCCGAAUGCACCACUAAUCCCGAGUGUCCCAGCGAUAGGGCCUGUGUGGGAAGAAGAUGUACCGAUCCUUGUGUGGGAACCUGUGGUCAGAACGCCCUUUGCCAGGCCAGUCAACACAGAGCUCUUUGUUCGUGUUAUCCUGGCUACACUGGCGAUCCUUUCAUGCGCUGCCUGCCCCUACCACCUCCCCCGCCCCCGAUUAUCCGAGACUCACCAGAUCCCUGUAUACCCUCGCCUUGCGGCCAAUUUGCCCAGUGCCGAGUGGAGUACGGACAAGCGGUUUGCUCCUGCCUGGCCUCCUACUUUGGUACUCCUCCUCACUGCCGACCCGAGUGUACACUUAAUUCAGACUGUCCCAGUCACAGAGCCUGCGUCAAUCAGAGGUGCGUGGAUCCUUGUCCAGGUGCCUGUGGUUUAAGCGCCCAAUGCGAUGUGCUCAAUCAUGUGCCCAGCUGUUCGUGUCCUCGAGGCUAUGUCGGGGAUCCGUUCUACCGCUGCUAUCCAGCUCCGACACCAGCACCCGCUCCCGUUUCUGUUGUGGCAGAUGAUCCCUGUCAGCCCUCGCCUUGCGGUCCCAAUGCUCAGUGUGCCAAUGGUAUAUGCAGUUGCCUGCCCUUGUAUCUGGGUGAUCCCUACGUGGGAUGUCGCCCGGAGUGCGUACUGAGCACCGAGUGUCCUUGGGACAAGGCUUGCAUCCGCAAUCGUUGCCAGGACCCUUGUCCUGGUACAUGUGGAUCGGGAGCCACCUGCCAAGUACACAAUCAUGUGGCCCAGUGUCAGUGUCCGGCUGGAUACCAGGGUAAUCCAUUUGUCCUGUGCCAGCCCACACCACUUCAGGCGCCCUAUUCCGAGCUGCAGCCUUGCCAUCCGUCGCCCUGUGGCCCCCAUGGACAGUGCAGAGAAGUUGGCUCGCAGGCCAUAUGCUCCUGCUUGCCUGGUUACUAUGGCAGUCCCCCUGCCUGUCGCCCAGAAUGCGUGAGUGACCCCGAGUGUCCGCCGAGUCUGGCCUGUGUGAAUCAAAAGUGCCGCGACCCGUGUCCUGGAGCCUGUGGCUACCUCGCCGAGUGUCGCGUGAUCAACCACAGUCCACAGUGUUUCUGCCCGACGGGUUACACGGGAAGUCCCUAUGCCCAGUGCCAAUUGGUGAGGGUGGAGCCUGUCCAGGUUCUGCGCGAGCCUGUCGAUCCCUGCCUGCCCUCGCCUUGUGGUCCCCAUGCUCAGUGUAGCCAUGAAGGCGGUAACGCUGUAUGCCGCUGUUUGCCCGAGUACCUGGGAGUUCCUCCUUAUUGCAGGCCCGAGUGCAUUGCCAACAGCGAGUGUCCCAGCGACAGGGCUUGCAUCAAUCGCAAGUGCCAGGAUCCAUGCCCGGGCCUGUGCGGCUUCAGCGCAAUCUGUCGAACCGUCAACCACCAGCCGAACUGUGUUUGUGCACCCGGUUUGGUCGGAAAUCCCUUUACCUCUUGCCUGCCGCCAACUCGCCCCGAGCCGUAUCCUGCUGUCCCGCCUACAACUGCUAUUGAAGUUCUCCAGUAUGCAGAGCCCUAUGUGAAUCCGUGUGAGCCCAAUCCUUGUGGGGCGAAUGCCCAGUGCAGUCAGCGAGGUAGUGUGGGCUCCUGCGUCUGCCUGCCUGAGUACUACGGCAAUCCCUAUGACGCUUGUCGACCCGAGUGCAUCCUGAACUCCGAUUGCCCCUCGAGUAGGGCAUGUGUCCAACAAAAGUGUCGCGAUCCUUGUCCCGGCAUUUGUGGCCUGAAUGCCGAGUGCUAUGUCCAGGAUCACCUGCCGCAGUGCAUGUGUCUCAGGGGCUAUACAGGCAAUCCUUUGGCGUACUGUUCGCCAGUGGUGCCAGAAGUCCAGCAAUCUCCCGUAGUAGCCCUUACUCCCUGUGACCCCUCGCCCUGUGGUCUCAAUGCCCAGUGUCAUCCCUCGAACAACCAGGCCGUUUGCUCCUGUCUGCCCGAGUUCUAUGGUAGCCCGCCAAACUGUCGUCCCGAGUGCACCCUGAACUCAGAGUGCUCGUACGACAAGGCCUGUGUCCAGCACAAGUGUGUGGAUCCCUGCCCCGGAGUCUGCGGCAUUAAUGCCGAGUGCCGCGUGCACUAUCACAGUCCCAUCUGCUACUGCAUAGCCACGCACACGGGUGAUCCUCUCACGCGUUGCUACGAGAAUCCCAAACAAACACCUAUGAGGCCCCUUGUAUAUGACACACCUUCGCCUCCGUAUCCGGUUGCCAUACCUGGUCUAGUGCACAUUCAACAACCUGUGGGAGUAGUCAAUAUUCCUUCGUCUCCGCAGCCUGUAUACCCAGCGCCAGUUUACCAUCCAGCGCAGGCUUCGAUUCCCCCACAACCUGGAGUAGUGAAUAUUCCAUCUGUAUCCCAGCCUGGUUACCCCUCACCUCAGCCUCCGGUUUACGAUGUCAACUAUCCAACGCAAGCGUAUCCUGUUCCACAUCAACCUGGUGUUGUAAACAUUCCGUCUGUGCUAAGCCCGGUGCCUCCGACAUCUCAGCGACCUGCUUUCAUACCUUCGGCAGUGAAUCCAUCUCCACCACCUUAUCCACAGCCGGGUGUUGUUAACAUACCUUCAGUGCCGCAGCCGAGCUAUCCUAUACCUCAGACUCCUGUUUAUAAUGUUAACUAUCCGACACCGAUUCCCCAACAACCUGGAGUGCUGAAUAUCCCAUCUCAGCCUCAGCCGGAUUAUCCUUCUCCGAAUCCGCCGGUGUAUGAUGUAAACUACCCUACGACAUCUGCUCCAACUCCUCAACAACCUGGAGUGAUCAACAUUCCGUCGGUGCAUCAGCCAAUACCGGCGGCACCUCAGCCUCCAGUGUUUAUACCUUCACCUGAGAGACCAACACCUCCUCCAAGACCAGGAAUAAUUAAUAUACCUUCUGCACCUCAGCCGGUGCAUCCUUCACCCAAUCCACCAGUUUACGAUGUUAACUACCCUACGACACCUGUUCCAGUUCCUCAACAACCUGGAGUGGUUAAUAUUCCUUCAGUUCCUCAUCCAAUACCGGCGCCACCUCAGCCUCCAGUGUUUAUACCUUCACCUGAACAACCAACGCCUCCUCCAAGACCAGGAAUAAUUAAUAUACCUUCAGCACCUCAGCCGGUGCAUCCUUCACCCAAUCCACCAGUUUACGAUGUUAACUACCCUACGACACCUGCUCCAGUUCCUAAACAACCUGGAGUGGUUAAUAUUCCUUCAGUUCCUCAUCCAAUACCGGCGCCACCUCAGCCUCCAGUGUUUAUACCUUCACCUGAACAACCAACGCCUCCUCCAAGACCAGGUGUAAUAAAUAUACCUUCAGCACCUCAACCAGUGCAUCCCACACCCAAUCCACCUGUUUAUGACGUCAACUAUCCAGCUUUCCAAUAUCCGAUCCCUCAACAACCUGGAGUGGUGAAUAUUCCAUCGAUAACGCAGCCAACUCCCACAGUUUCCCAAAGACCUAUCUUCUUGCCGGCGCCAAAUACGACACCUGCCCCUCAACCAGGUGUGGUUAAUAUACAUUCUGUGCCACAGCCUGUGUAUUCGACGCCAACCACCCCGGUGGUACAGCGCCCGGCCAUAUAUGAUGUAUAUUAUCCACCUCCGCCGGCCAGGCCGGGUGUGAUAAAUAUUCCCUCGCCGCCACGACCUGUUUAUCCGGUAACCCAGCAGCCCAUCUAUAUACCAGCUCCAAGCCCAGUUCCAAAUCCACCUGCACCUACGCCAGGCAUAGUUAAUAUUCCUUCAAAACCGCAGCCAACAUAUCCACCUCAAAAUCCACCGGUUUACGAUGUGACCUACCCAACGCCACAACCAACUCCUCCGGCUCCAGGAAUAAUCAAUAUUCCUUCGGUGCCUCAACCUGUGCCAUCGCCAGUUCCUGGUGUGAUCAAUAUCCCAUCCCAACCAUCUCCACCAAUCCCGGUACCAAGACCUGGAGUUAUUAACAUUCCCUCGGCGCUGCAGCCAACAUAUCCACCUCAAAAUCCACCGGUUUACGAUGUGACCUACCCAACGCCACAACCAACUCCUCCGGCUCCAGGAAUAAUCAAUAUUCCUUCAGUGCCUCAACCUGGGCCACCGGCAGCUCCUGGUGUGAUCAAUAUCCCAUCGCAACCAACUCCACCAAUCUCGGUACCGAAACCUGGAGUGCUAAACAUUCCCUCGGCGCCGCAGCCAACAUAUCCACCUGAAAAUCCACCGGUUUACGAUGUGACCUACCCAACGCCACAACCAACUCCUCUGGCUCCAGGAAUAAUCAAUAUUCCUUCGGUGCCUCAACCUGUGCCAUCGCCAGUUCCUGGUGUGAUCAAUAUCCCAUCGCAACCGUCGCCAACGAUCCCACAACAACCAAUCCAGGAUGUCCAAUAUGAAACGCAACGACCGCACCCGACGCCUGGAGUGAUCAAUAUUCCAUCCGUACCCCAGCCUACGUAUCCGACACAAAAUCCACCAAUUCAGGUUGUUAGCUAUCCAACGCCACAGCCAACUCCUGUAGCAAGGCCCGGUGUGGUUAACAUACCAUCGGUGCCUCAGUCACCUGCUCCUGGCGUGAUAAAUAUUCCAGCACAGCCACAACCUGCACAACCUUCAACGACACCGAGACCUGGAAUUAUCAACAUACCUUCGCUGCCACAACCCAUACCUGCGACCCCACAAACCCCGAUUCAAGAGGUCAUUCACUACGAUACCCAGAGACCACAGCCAGUUCCUGGAGUAAUUAACGUCCCAGCUCGUCCACAUUACGACGUGGCAAGGCCGGCCUUUGAGUUCAAUCCGUGCUAUCCCUCACCUUGUGGUCCCUACUCCCAGUGUCACAAUCGCUUUGGAGCUGCUGCCUGCGUCUGCCUGCCCAACUACCGAGGAACGCCGCCCAAUUGCCGACCAGAGUGCGUUGUCCACUCGGAUUGCCCCUCGCACUUGGCCUGCGUUAACCAAAAGUGCCGUGAUCCAUGCCCAGGAAUGUGCGCCUACAACGCAGUGUGCCGUGUCCAUGAUCACGUGCCCAAUUGCUUCUGCCAAGCGGGCUACACCGGAAACCCCUUCGUUUCCUGCCAACCCACGCCGAUAGCCACCGUUCAACGUGAACCGACGGCAGUGCAGGAUCCUUGCUACCCAUCGAGAUGUGGACCUAAUGCGGUGUGCAGCAAUGGAAAGUGCAGCUGUAUACCGGAGUACCGAGGAGAUCCCUAUGUGGGCUGCCGGCCGGAGUGUGUACUCAACACUGACUGUGCCAGAGAUAAGGCUUGUAUUAGACAGAAGUGCCAAGAUCCCUGUCCAGGUACUUGCGGAUUGAAUGCCAUCUGCAAGGUGUACAACCACUUGGCCAUCUGCUCGUGUCCGGAACAAAUGCAAGGCGAUGCCUUUGUAAGAUGUGACCCGAAACCCAAGCCCACGCCCACGCUGCCUGCCACUGUACCUCCCUCGACUCUACCAGCCAUUGUGCCGCAGCGAGCUCCCAUAGUCAAUCCCUGCCAACCGUCUCCUUGUGGACGCAAUGCCCAAUGUCGCCCCUAUCAUGAGCAGGCAAUUUGCUACUGCUUGCCCGAUUUUAUGGGCACUCCCCCCGCCUGUCGUCCGGAGUGCACCUCGAACUCUGACUGUCCCCUGGACAAGUACUGCUUGAAUCUCAGGUGUCGGGAUCCCUGCCCGGGAGCCUGUGGUCUUCGUGCCAUUUGUCACGUGCAAAACCACAGUCCCCGUUGCGUGUGUCCACCCCACCUGACGGGCAAUCCCCUGCUGGCCUGCCAGCCCAUAGUUAUUCCUUCCGUAGAACGCGACGAAGUGGUUAAUCCCUGCCAGCCUUCGCCCUGUGGUCCGAACUCCGAGUGCCAGGCCACACCGGCCGGUGCUCGGUGCUCCUGCCGUCCCCAGUAUCAUGGCACACCGCCCUUCUGCCGGCCCGAGUGCGUAAGCAGCGCCGAUUGUCCGGCGGACAAGGCCUGUCGCAACUACAAGUGCCUGGAUCCCUGUCCCGGCAGCUGCGGCCAGUCGGCCCUCUGUCGAGUUGUGGCCCACAGUCCCAUCUGCUACUGUCCCGAGGGCUAUGUGGGCAAUGCGUACAGCAUUUGUAGGAGACCAGAGCCAAGUCCACCUCCAGUUAGAAUCCAACCUUGUAGUCCCAGUCCAUGUGGGGUGAAUGCCAUUUGCCUACCCCACAAUGACUGGAGCGUGUGCCAGUGUCUGCCGGGUUAUUAUGGAAAUCCGUCGGAGAUCUGCCGACCCGAGUGCACUGUCAACUCGGACUGUCCCAGCCACAGGGCUUGUAUGCAGGAGAAGUGCCGCGACCCCUGUCCCGGGGUUUGUGGCUUCAAUGCCCAGUGCCAGGUGAUUGACCACAGUCCGGUGUGCGAGUGUCAUCCGGGCUUUGUGGGAAAUCCCUAUCUCAGCUGUCGCUUAGUGCAGCAAGAACCCACCCCACCGAAGUAUGUCAACCCCUGUCAGCCAUCGCCAUGUGGUGCCAAUUCCCAGUGCCGCGAAUCCCAGGGACAGGCCAUCUGCUCCUGCCUGCCGGAGUUUGUGGGCACGCCGCCCUCAUGCCGGCCGGAGUGUGUGAUUAGCGCCGAGUGUCCCGCGGACAAGGCUUGUAUCAACCAGAAGUGCCAGGAUCCAUGUCCCGGGGCUUGUGGUCUGAAUGCCCAGUGCCAUGUGAGGAACCAUAGUCCAUUGUGUUCGUGCCUACCAGGAUUCACCGGCGAUGCGCUGACCCGCUGCCUGCUGGAGCCGCCACCGAAGCCACCCAAGUCGGAGGAUGUCCGUGAUCCAUGUGUACCAUCACCCUGUGGACCGUACUCACAGUGUCGGGUGGUCAAUAAUGGAGCUAGUUGCUCCUGCCUGCCCAACUAUGUGGGAGCGGCGCCCUACUGCCGUCCAGAGUGCACCAUCAAUGCGGAAUGUCCCAGCAAUUUGGCCUGCAUCAACGAGAAAUGCCGUGAUCCUUGUCCGGGAGCCUGUGGCUUUGCCGCCCAGUGUAGUGUCAUCAAUCAUACGCCAAGUUGCUCGUGUCCUGCGGGCUACACGGGAGACCCCUUCACCAGCUGUCGCUUGCAGCCACCACCGCCACCACCGAAGACUCCCUCCGAUCCCUGCCAGCCCUCGCCCUGCGGAGCCAAUGCUCUGUGCAAUAAUGGCCAGUGCUCUUGCCUGCCCGAGUACCAGGGUGAUCCCUACAUCGGGUGUCGUCCAGAGUGCGUUUUGAACUCGGAUUGUCCCCGGAACCGAGCGUGUGUGAACCAAAAGUGCGUGGAUCCCUGUCCGGGACACUGUGCCCCCAAUGCUCUCUGCGAUGCCGUCAACCACAUUGCCAUGUGCCACUGUCCCGAGCGGAUGACGGGCAAUGCUUUUGUAUCCUGUUCGCCCAUACGCGAUGAUCCACCACCAACACCACCCAAUCCCUGCCUGCCUUCGCCAUGCGGCGCCAACGCCCAGUGCUUGGAGCGGAACGGCAAUGCCAUUUGCUCCUGCCUCACUGGAUACUUUGGCCAGCCGCCUAAUUGCCGCCUGGAAUGCUAUUCCAGCUCCGACUGCUCCCAGGUGCAUGCCUGCAUCAACAACAAAUGCAUGGACCCGUGUCCGGGCAAGUGUGGCCUGAAUGCCAUCUGCCAGGCCAUCCAGCACAGGGCUCAGUGCGAAUGCAGCCCAGGAUAUACCGGCAAUGCCUAUGCCCUGUGCAGUCCUAUUCCUAGGUUACCACACAUCGUACGCGAUCCUUGCCAGCCCUCGCCCUGCGGUCCCAAUUCUCAGUGCAGGAAUGUCAACGAUCAGGCGGAGUGCCGCUGUCUGCCGGAGUUCCAAGGCACACCGCCGAACUGCCGGCCGGAGUGUGUCAGUCACGAUGAGUGCGUUAAUACUUUGGCGUGCAUGAACCAGAAGUGCGCUGAUCCUUGUCCUGGUAGCUGUGGUCAGAAUGCCCAAUGUAGGGUUACCUUGCACACCCCCAACUGUCAAUGCCCGGCGGGCAUGACUGGUGAUCCUUUCCGUAUUUGCCAGGCCAUACCUCAAAAUAUACCCGCUCCCCCGCCAACUCCCAAGAAUCCUUGCUACCCCUCUCCCUGCGGCACUAAUGCCAUCUGCCGUGUGCAGGGCGAGAACUUCGUUUGCGAGUGCAGCCAGGCGGAGUACAUAGGCAAUCCCUACGAGGGCUGUCGCCCCGAAUGUGUGGGCAACUCCGAGUGCCCGGCAAACCAGGCCUGCAUCCGUAACAAGUGCCAGGAUCCUUGUCCUGGAGUCUGUGGCCUGGAGGCCAUUUGCAGCAUGAAUAAUCACAUACCAAUCUGCUCCUGCCCGGCGGGCUAUACAGGCAAUGCCUUUGUGCAGUGCACGCGUUUACUAACCCCGCCACCUCCCUCGGAUCCCUGCUAUCCGUCGCCCUGUGGACCCAACUCGAUUUGCAGGAUUCAAAACGAGAAGGCCGUGUGCGAGUGCCUGCCAGGGUUCUUUGGUAACCCUCUGGCACAGGGCUGUCGCCCUGAGUGCACUCUUAGCUCUGACUGUGCCAAGGAUCGGGCCUGCAUCAAUGCCAAGUGCGUGGAUGCCUGCGUGGGAGAGUGUGGAUUUGGAGCCGUUUGUCAGACAAUUAACCACAGUCCUGUAUGUAGCUGUCCGCCCAAUAUGGUGGGCAAUCCCUUCGUGCAAUGCGAGCAGCCUCGCCAGGCUGAACCUGUGGAUCCCUGCCAGCCUUCGCCGUGCCGCAGCAAUGGUAUUUGCCGUGUGCGUAAUGGAGCCGCCACCUGCAGCUAUCCGGAGUGCGUGAUUAACGAAGAUUGCUCCAGGGAUAGGGCUUGUGUGAGCCAGAAGUGCCGUGAUCCUUGCCUGAAUGCCUGCGGCAAUAAUGCCAUUUGUCGGGCGAUCAACCACAAGGCUGUCUGCAGCUGUCCACCGGAAUUCUAUGGUUCACCAUAUGCCGAGUGCCUGAGGCAGAUCCCUGAGAUUCAGCCCCCCAAACCGGAGUGCAUUAGCGAUAAUGACUGCACCAAUGACAAGGCCUGCAUCAAUCAGGUUUGCCGCAAUCCCUGCGAGCAGUCCAACCUGUGCGCCCAACAGGCACGCUGCCAUGUCCAGCUCCAUCGACCGCUGUGCGUCUGCAACGAGGGUUAUACCGGCAAUGCCCUGCAGCACUGCUAUUUACUGGGCUGCCGAUCGGAUGGCGAAUGUGCCGCCACGGAGGCCUGCAUCAAUCAGCAGUGCGUGGAUCCCUGUGGAUUUACCCAAUGUGGAACGGGAGCCAUCUGCCGGGCUGACUUCAACCACCGAGCCAGGUGUCAUUGUCCUGACGGUUAUCGAGGCAAUCCCUUGGUCCGUUGCGAGCGUCCCGAGUGUCGCUCGGAUGACGAGUGCUCCUUCCAUUUGGCCUGCCGCAAUGAACGCUGUGAGGAUCCUUGCAAUUGCGGUAUUGGAGCCCAAUGUCGAGUGGAUAAUCAUCGUGCCCAGUGCCGUUGUCCAGUGGGUUUCAGCGGCAAUCCGGCGGUUAGGUGUGAUUUGGUCCCAGCUCAACCCGAGGGCUGCACCAUGGACGCUGAGUGUCCCAGCAAACUGGCUUGCUUUGGAGGCGAGUGCAAGAAUCCUUGCGCGGUCACACAUCCUUGUGGAGCCAAUGCCAUCUGUGAGGUGGUGGAUACUCUUCCUCUGCGCACCAUGAUCUGUCGCUGUGAGCCUGGUUAUGUGGGUGACGCUGAUAUAGGAUGUCGUAAAGAACCCGCUCGUGACCAGGGCUGUACUUCGCAUGAUCAGUGCCAGGACACGGAGGCCUGUCGCUCUGGUAACUGUGUCAAUCCCUGCCUGGAUGCCUCGCCUUGUGCCCGCACAGCCCAGUGUUUGGCCCAGCAGCAUCGCGCCAUCUGCAGCUGCCCGCCAGAAACCCAAGGAGAUCCCUUCACCAACUGCUAUCAGCCACCUGUAAUCAUUGCUGGCUGCACCCAUGACUCGGAGUGCCAGGCCAAUGAGGCCUGCAUCAAUCAGCGUUGCCAGGAUCCCUGUGCCGAAGCCAAUCCUUGCGCCGGCAAUGCCGAGUGUCGCGUGCAGAACUAUCGUCCAAUUUGCUAUUGUCCUGCAGGAUGGGGUGGUGACCCCCAGGUUCAGUGCUACAAACCUGAGUGCAAGAUCCAUGCCGACUGUCCUUACGACAAGGCCUGCCUGAACGAGAACUGCGUGAAUCCCUGCACCCAUGGCCAGGUGCGUUGCGGCAGCGGUGCCCAGUGCCUGCCCCAGAACCACCAGGCCGUGUGCAGCUGUCCCGCCGGAACCCAGGGCAAUCCCUUCAUCUCCUGCAUCACGGGUCAUUGUCAAUACAACGAGGAUUGUGCCGAUCACGAGGCCUGCGAUCGUUUGAAUCGUGUCUGCCGUCCGGUCUGCGAACAGGAGACCUGCGCUCUCAAUGCCUUGUGUGUGGGUCGUCGCCAUCAGCCUCAGUGCGAGUGCCGACCCGGAUACCAGGGCAAUCCCUUCGUCCAGUGCGAUAUACCACAGAAGACGCCGAAGCCGCAGUGCGUCCAGGAUGCCGACUGCCCCUCAAGAUUGGCCUGCAUCAAUGAGAGAUGCGCAGAUCCCUGCGCAAGUCCUCACGUUUGCACGCCCCAGCAGACCUGCAAUGUCCUGGACACCCUGCCGCUGCGUACUAUGAUCUGCAAGUGUCCCAGCGACACUGUGACCGAUAACUCUGGCAAUUGUGUGGCCAUUAAACGACCCACUGUCAGCGUGGGCUGUCAACACAACUCGGAGUGCGCCAAUCCUGAAAUCUGCUCGAAUGGCAACUGCCUAGAUGCCUGCCGCCUGGAACGCUGUGGCGUCAAUGCCCAAUGUACGGCCCGGGAUCACUACGCGCAGUGCAACUGCCCGAAGGGUUACCAGGGCAAUCCACGCAUCGAAUGCUACUCCACGGAGGUGGAAAGACCCAGAAUACCCAAUGCUCCAGGUUGUGCUCGGGAUGAUGAUUGCCCCAGAGAUAAGACCUGCCGCAAUGAGCUCUGUGUGAAUCCUUGCGCUGCGGAUGCCUGUGGCAUUGGUGCCUACUGCCAUGUGCAGAACCGCAAGGCCAUCUGUCGCUGUCCCCCAGAUUACACUGGGCAUCCUCAGGAUCGCUGCAUACCACCUUCUGGAGUGAUAACCGUGGGCUGCAAGUCCAGCGCCGACUGCCCCGCCACCGAGGCCUGCAUCAACACCCAGUGUGUGAGUCCUUGCAACUGUGGACCCAAUGCCGAGUGCUCCGUGAAGAACCAUCAUCCUGUUUGCUACUGCAAGCCUGGUUACUCGGGCAAUGCCCAGUUUGGCUGCGCUCCCAUUGGCUGCCAGUCGGAUGACGAGUGCAGCGGCGACAAGCAGUGUCUCAACCGUGAGUGCGUCAAUCCCUGCCUGAUCACGGAUCCCUGCUCCCUGAAUGCCGAGUGCUUUGGACGGAAUCAUCGCGCCAAUUGCCGUUGUCCUGUGGGCUUGGAGGGAGAUCCGUUUGUGCGCUGCCUGCGCCUGGAAUGCCACUCUGACUAUGACUGCGCCUCCAACCUGGCCUGCGUAUCCAACCAGUGUGUGAGCCCUUGUGGCCAGCAGAAUCCUUGUGCCCAGAAUGCCCAUUGCCAGGCGUUGCAGCAUCGCGCUGUCUGUCGCUGCCCGGAGCAUUUGCCUUUGGGAAAUCCCUACUCGUACUGCGAGCCGCGUCUGGCAGAGCCUGUGUGCCGAGAUGAUGGCGAUUGCCCCAGUGGCCUAGCCUGCAUCGAUGUCAAGUGCCAGAACCCGUGCACAGAGCUCUCACCCUGCUCCAGAUCUGCCCAGUGCAGCGUCUUGGACAGCGUUCCAGUGCGAACCAUGGUCUGUGAGUGUCCCGAAUCCCAGGUGCCCGAUGCCAGUGGCGAGUGCCGGCAGCUGGUGCUGCCUAGUCCGCCGGGAUGUGAGAGCGAUCAGGACUGCCCCGAUCAGGAGGCCUGCAUUCAUCGACAGUGCCGCAAUCCCUGCAACUGUGGAACCAAUGCCAUCUGCCAGGUCACCCAGCAUCGCGCUGUGUGCAGCUGCCAGGACGGCUUUGAGGGCAAUCCCUAUGCCGCCUGUCGCUCCAUCGGCUGUCGCGUGGACAGCGAGUGUGACUCGGGCAAGGCCUGCGUUAAUGGAGACUGCAUCAAUCCCUGCCUGAUCAACGAUCCCUGCGGCCCCAAUGCCGAGUGCUAUGUCCAGUCCAACCGUGCCCAGUGCCGCUGCCUGAGUGGCUACCGCGGUAAUCCAUACGAGCGUUGUCGCGUCAUCGGCUGCAGCAGCAACAACGACUGCCCUACGGACAAGACCUGCCAGAAUGAGCAGUGUGUUAAUCCCUGCGUCUACCACAACCCUUGUGCUCCGCGAGCGGAAUGCCGGGCCCAGAAUCACCUGGCCGUGUGCCGCUGUCCCGCCGACUUCCUGGGUAAUCCUUACGUGGACUGCCGACCCCCACCGCAACCCCUCUGCCGGCUGGACACCGACUGUCCUGCCCGCCAGGCCUGCAUCAACGAACAGUGCGUGGAUCCCUGUCUGGUUUUGGAACCAUGCCAACGGCCUGCCCAAUGCCAAGUGACGCCCACUUCCCCUGUGCGCACAAUGAUCUGCAUUUGCCCCGAUGGAUACAUCAGCAGCGGCAGUGGAAGCUGCAAGCCCACGACAGGAAUCACCAAGGUGGGAGGAUGCAUCUCUGACUCGGAUUGUCCGGCGGAUAAGUCCUGCCUUAAUGGCGUCUGCCGAGAUCCCUGCAACUGCGGUUUGAAUGCGGAGUGCCGCAUCAAGGACCACAAGCCGGUGUGCACCUGUCGCCAGGGCUACGAGGGUAAUCCCGAGUUCGAGUGCUCCAAGAUCGAGUGCAGCAUCAACUCCGACUGUCCAGGAACCCACGCUUGCCGCAACCAGCUCUGCGUGCCCGCCUGCCAGGGCGAGCAGUGUGGAACCAAUGCCCAGUGCCUGGCCAUAGAGCAUCGCGCCGUGUGCGAGUGCAUUCCAGGACAUGGUGGAAAUGCCAGGAUUGCUUGUACUCCCUUGGGAUGCCGUUCUGAUGAUGAGUGUCCCACGGACAAGGCUUGCGUGAAUGGCAAAUGCAAUGAUCCUUGCGCCACCACUGCGAUUUGUGCGCAGGAUGAGUUGUGCAAGGUGUACCAGCAUCGGCCGCAAUGCGCCUGCCCGCCAGGAACCGUGCCUGGAAGAAAUGGCUGCGAGUCAGAGCGCCAGGUGCCCAUCUGCAUCAGCGACGCGGAUUGUCCUAGUCAACGAGCCUGCCUGCGCGGUGAGUGCGUGAAUCCCUGCAAUGCCACCCAGCCAUGUGGAGUCAACGCAGAGUGCCGCGUCCGGGACACCUUGCCCGUUAGGACCAUGAUCUGCGAGUGCCUGGAAGGCUACACCGGCAAUGCGGCCGUGCAGUGCGACAAGCGUUCUCUGUGCGUCAUCGAGAAGGGCUUUGUCCGGGACGUGGAUGGACAGUGUGUCUGCCCGCCGGGCACUGCCUUAGAUAUCUACGAGUACUGCACUCCCUGCCAAGUGGAGCAGGGCUUCCGCAUCGAUGAGAGUGGACACUGCGUGUGUGCCUUGGAGCGUGGAAUGGUAAUUGACGAACGCGGACGUUGUACUUGCCCCAUUGACCUGGGCUACCGUCUGACGCCUCGCGGCGAAUGCCAGCCGGAAGAGCCACCGGAAUGCACCAGCAAUGAUCAGUGCGCCGAUAACCGUUUCUGUAACCUGGACACCAAGACCUGUGAGGAUCCCUGCCUGACCAAGGCCUGCGGAGUGAAUGCCUUCUGCAAUGCCGUCAAUCAUCGCGCCCAGUGCCAGUGCAUAACUGGUUACACAGGAAAUCCCGACCUCCACUGCAACCACACCAACUUCCGUACCGAUUUCCCACGACCCGACAUGGUGGUCAGCUGUCUGGCCGAUGGCGUCCAGGUGGAGAUCCACAUCACAGAGCCCGGUUUCAAUGGAGUUCUGUAUGUGAAGGGUCACAGCAAGGACGAGGAGUGCCGACGAGUGGUCAAUCUGGCCGGAGAAACUGUCCCACGCACCGAGAUCUUCCGCGUUCACUUUGGUAGCUGCAGCAUGCAGGCCGUGAAGGAUGUGGCCAGCUUUGUGCUGGUCAUCCAGAAGCAUCCCAAGCUCGUGACCUACAAGGCUCAGGCCUACAACAUCAAGUGUGUCUACCAGACGGGCGAAAGGAACGUUACCCUGGGCUUUAAUGUGUCCAUGCUGACGACUGCUGGUACAAUAGCCAACACAGGACCGCCGCCCAUCUGCCAGAUGAGAAUCAUAACCAACGAGGGCGAGGAGAUCAACUCGGCCGAGAUCGGCGACAAUCUCAAGUUGCAAGUGGACGUGGAACCAGCCACCAUUUAUGGAGGCUUUGCCCGCUCCUGCAUAGCCAAGACCAUGGAGGACAAUGUCCAGAAUGAGUAUUUGGUCACGGAUGAGAAUGGCUGCGCCACCGAUACCAGUAUCUUUGGCAAUUGGGAGUACAACCCGGAUACUAACAGCCUUCUAGCCAGCUUCAAUGCCUUCAAGUUCCCGUCCAGCGACAACAUCCGCUUCCAGUGCAACAUACGCGUCUGCUUUGGACGCUGCCAGCCUGUAAACUGCGGCGGCUACAAUGCCUUCGGGCGUCGCCGUCGCGCCAUUGCGGAUAACUCUACCGAUACGACCGCCAUUGCCACCAACUCGGGUGUGGAGGGUCAACUGCGCGAAGAGAUUACCAUUUCGUCGAAUGCCAUUCUCACAUUCGAGAAGCGCAGCGGCCAGGGCCUGAAUGAUGCCAACAUCAAACCGGCGGCUCAGCGCGUUGAGGAUAUUUGCGUUUCGAUGGUGGGCCUGAUCAUUGCUCUGGUCAUCACGGCUCUACUGGCUCUUGUGGCCGUGGCCGUGGCGGUUUCCUGCUGGCUUAUGGCCUACAGAAGAAGACCCAAGACCAUUGCCCCCCUGCCCCACCCGCCAGAGUUUCCCAACCCUCUGUUCGCCAAUCCCGACGCUGUGCCCGAGCCCACGCCGGACUACAUAUCUUAAAUGAAACGUAAAACACACACACACUGACAUACACAAACACCUAGCUAUAUCUUUUAGUCUGUAGGAAAAUCGAAAGAAAAUGAAAUCAAUGUGAAUUUGAAAAGCAAAAAAGUGCAAAAAGUUCUGGAAAAUGAAACAGAAACUAUAACUAAAGCGUGAAAGAAAUGAAAGAAAAACAAAAGUACAUUUGUGAAACGAAACUCGGAAAGAAAGAGAAAAUGAAGAAAUGAAGUGUAAAAAGCAAAGCGAGAAAAGUAUGCUCGUAAUUUAGUAGCUUAAGAAAAUAAUUUUACUAAUUGUAUUAACGUUUAGUAUUCUCCUCUCUUCCCACUAACAUGAGAGUUCCGCGUAGCGUUUGUACGGACGGAGGGCAACUACAAACGAAUUCUCGUCCUCUAACGGCAACUUCUUCAUUAGUCGAUUAUCAAUAUUAAUAUUGUUACACUAUAUGCAUAACUAAGGACUUCCUAUAAACGUUUAGGGUGUGGGUACGACGACGACGAGGACACUUGUAUUAUAGCACAGACACACGCACACACACACGCGAGACUACUUCCUGUAAUUUUAUAAUAAUCGCGAAACACGAUACUAGCCUGUUAAAAUUGAAAACUGCCUUUGAUUUCCAACAAAAGACCGAACAAUGCACUCCAGAAUAAUACUCUCUCUAGCAGUAAGGACAUUUCGCGUGUGGCCCUCGUAAAACCACAGGACAAUAUGACAACGAUUGUCCUUAGAUGGAUUCUACACAAGCCCUAGGUAUCACACACACACACACACACACACGCAUGAAGAACCAAGAGCAAGGCUCAAGGCACACGCGAAAUCCUGUCCAGGACUUGUAGCGAAAGCAGAACCAUUACUGCCACUGAGGCGUCAACAGCGCACAAAGGAUAUCUUAUAUCUUAUAUAUCUAUAUUGCAUAGGAAACACUAGGUUUGUUUAUAAUUUUAAUCGCAACGACGACUAAUGGAGGAUUUGAUUUUGACCUCUGUCCCUCCCCCUCCGACCUCUUACUACACUCUACUAUAUACAAAUAACCCCUAUUAUUUUUGUAGUUUUUUAGUCAAUUAAUAUUAAAUUGUUGUGAUUGUUUUUAAUGCAAAAGAGAUACUUCCACUAAUUUACUAAUAUGUAGUAGAGACGAAAGAAAGUAGAAAGUACUUAAAAAGGCAACGAACCAGGGCUGUCGAGCCUGCCUCACCUACCCAUCCAUAUGCUCUCUCAGGAUUUGGCUCGAAGCUGUCAACGCGCCGGAAGCAAAGCAGCGAAUUUCCGCUUCCGGCGCCUGUUUACAGUUCGUGUUCGAUCCUGCUGGGGGCUGAUCAGUGGUUGGUCUGUUUGGCGAGCUGCGGGCGGUCUGGAUAAAAUUAAAUUAUUAAAAAAUGAAGUUUUAAAUUAAUAUUAUUAAACGUAAACAAAAUGUAUAGUCACUACUUUAAGCCGAACGUGAAGAAAGGGAAUUUUCUUGAUAGUAAAAUACCAUAAAAUAUGAAAUAAACUCGCACUCAGAACGACACACAAAGAGACAGACAGAAUUUGUAAAUAAAACAGGCAAUCCCCAUGGUAUUUUUAGUAGCUUAUUAUUGUUUAUAGGUCUUUCCACAAAUCCGAACCCAAGCCAGGCAUAAAAUUAUUUUCUUAAUAAGCCCAAGAUAAACCAGAGAACUCCUUCCCGGGAGUGAUUUAAACAAGUGCACAAAUUAUAAAAAAUAACCCAGCAUCGUUCACAAUAUUCACUAAAAAACACUUUUAUUUUUCUUUGGAAGAACCGCUAUAAAAAAUAUAUUUUAAAAAAUGCUUAAACACAGAGUUCAACUCUGAGUAAACACAACUUUUUGCACUGGCAGCAAAUAUUAAAAAUGAAAUAAGAAAGCUCUCUAAUUGUAAAAAGAAAACACAAUAGUUAAAUUGUACUUGUAAAAGAGAAGAAAAAACGAGAAACGAACAUAAUUGUAAUCGCUUAUUGUAAACUAAUAAAUAAAUAAAUAUAAAUAAACAAAA